AACGUAGAAGAGGCUUCUGGGUACAGGAAGUCCAAAAUGGCGAUGGACGGUAUGAUGUCCACGUCUUCGGGUCUGUCUUACCACAAUGCUGGGGACUUUUACCCUAGAAAGUUCGGCCCGAAGCCGGACGUGGUGCCAUCUGGGGUGACCGAGAGGAAAGUGGGUCCGCUGGAUAAACCGGACAUGGUAUCGGUGGACGUCAUCAACGUCAGUGAUUCAGGUUUGUUAUGCUAAUGAGGCUAACAGCUGAUCCAGAGGGGGACUGUGGACAUCAGAGGAGCUUUGAGAGGAAAUUCAGCUGCUAUCUUCAAUAAACUACACAGCAGAUACUCACAUUAGCUGUUAAAAUAGUAACUUUUUAUUGUCUGUGUUUCUCAUAUGAACUAAGACUGAGAUCAUAAUGUAAAUUGAUCUAUCCGUUGUUUCAUGGUUAUUACAGCCCAAAUUUGGGGGUUUUGCUGCUAAUUUAUCAGGAUAUGAACAAGGAAACAACAGUUACAACAACUAGAUAGACAUGUCUGCUAAAGUGUGAGUCUGCAUUAAAUAUCUGUACUAACCUUAUUGCUAAGAGAUAAAAAAUACACAGUAUUUUUCAUACAUCUUUGGUGUUUCUAUUACAUUAUAGUUCCCUGGAUCAUAAAACAUGAUAACUGAGACUAGGGCUGGGUGAUAUAGAAAAAAGUUCAUCACGAUUUAUAUUUUUUUACAUCAGUUGAUAUCGAUAUAUAUCACAAUAUAGAAAAUGAAAUUUAACAGUGCUUUUUGGUAGCAUGUCUUUUACAAUACAAUAAGCUUCUGCAUCUGUGAGAUCUUUGUGUCUAUUCGACAUUUUGUUGGAAGGCGUUACACUAGAGAAAGUGGACUGAAUGGUCAGCUGUUUGUUGUGCAUACUCUGCCGCGUGGCACUGCUUCUGGUGGUGAAAACAUUUUGAGGUACACCCCGACUUUGCAAGAACAUGGACUCAACAUAAUUUGCAGCGCACAACAUUACUCUGCUUCAUGUCUGACCUCAAAAAAACAAAAUACCUCCACACCACUGACGUUUUCGUGCCAGUGUUGUCGACGAUGUCAUCAUCUGUUGAGCCUUCAUCUGCAUUUCUUCCGGGGGUAGCACUCAACAGUGCUGUCGGCUUCACAUGUUAAAGUGCUAUGGUUGUGUGGCAGUAGCCUGCUACUAUGAAGUUGUUUGGUUCUAAUUCAGCACAUGAUUGGUUCAGUGCGAAGCAGACUCGGAGCAACUCCCCUUUUCAUUGGCUAUUUGUAUAGUCUACAAAAACAUGUCAGAAUGCCGACUACCGAAAAGCAUAUUGACCGUGUUUUAUAUUGAUAUUGGGGAAAAUUAAUUUUUGAUAUUUAUCGUUAUUAUUUUAUCGCCCAGCCCUAAUUGAGACUGAAUGAUAAUGGUCCAUCUGCUGUGUUACCUUGUUGUGUCCUAUGUCCUACCCCUUCCUCACUAACUUAAUAGCAGAGCAUGGGUGCUGCCCCUCUCCUCAAGCAGCUCUGACUUUCAUUUCAGCUUGGAUUAAUGUGAAAACAUUUUUUAAAGAACAACGAGGUUGUGCCUUCUGCUAAGAUUCAUGCUAGGAGAGGAGAAGGAGUCUGAAAAGCACAGGGACAAAAUGAGCACAAAGAGAGAGAGACACUGUUGCAAUCACGAGCACUAACUAGUUUUCAAUCACAGGGCCAAAAAGUGAGAGAAAAAGUUAUGAAUUAUAAAAAAAAAUUGCAUUCCAGAGUCUUGACAUUACACAGAAUUUUAUAUCAAAGCUCAAAAAGAAUUAAUAAUUUGUGAGAGCUGCAGCCUAUAAUAAAAUGUAGGCAGUAAAAGAGCUCAAAUCCUUCAAUUUUCCAUGACACAGUUUAAAAAUACUUAACUUCAAGUGAAAUUUUGUAUUUUAUUUGACAGUAUCAUCAAAAUUGGGAAGUGAAAAAGCAUGAUCCCUCUCAGAUGUAGUAUUCAACAAAAUCAAAUCAUCCAGCUGGAAACAUAUGCUUUUGUAAACAAAAGAGAAGGAUGAACUGUUUUCUUCCUUCUUGUUUUGUUUUUUUCAAAGAAUUAAGAGUUUUUUUAUUUUUACAGAGGUUAUAAGUUUUGUAAAUGUGUGUAAUGCAGAUAAUAAAUCAUGGGUAAUUAAUUUUAAUCCUGUCUAUCCAACUAAUCACAGUUAUGAUUUGUUUUAUAAUCAAGCAUCCCUCAUGGUAUAUCUAUACAAGAGAGUUGGCAGGGUAACCCCCCAAAAUGUUGAAUUCCACAAAUGCAAACUGGUAAGGUCCUGUUGCAUUUCUAUAUGUUAUCAUAAGAGACAGACCAAAUAAUUUAGGCCAGCUGAAUGAGCAGAUUCAUGUCAUUUGCCUUGGGUAAAUUUUGCACUCAUGAACCUGAUUAAAAAAAAAAAAAAAACCUUACAAACACUGUGAGCCGCUUCGUCAGUGUGUCAGCUUUCACACUGCCUGUAAAUAAAAACAGAAUUUUCUUAUUCUCAAUAGCAGCAUGUCAAAUCUAAAACAAAUAUGUGUUUAAUACAAAUCCUGUUGUAUUGUAUGAAAUAAUGCAGUUUAGUGUUGCUCCUGUCCUGACAUAAAUAUCAACCAUGGUCUGAGAUCUACAUCAUAACCCAGUGUUAUUGUCUAUUUCAUGAAUUUAUUAAAACCCACCGAAAACAUGUUACUGGCUAAUAGGGCCAUGUAUACACUGAUGUGUACGGAGUAAUGGGAGAAACUAUUGUGUAAAUGCAUUAAUUUAUCAAAGCAACAAGGUGACAUCAGUGUGAUUUAUCACAUACAGUAGUAUUCUCAUCAUGCAGGCCAGCUAAAGUGCAAAUGCUACAGAACACUGAGCAUUUCAAAGAAAUAUGAUGUAUUAAUGAUAACUGAAAUAUGACACUGAAAAAUGCACGUGCACUUUAUGGCCAUGGGCACUCAAAGUGACAGUGCUUUUGAGUUAUAGGUUUUCUGGUUAACUCGCCUGUGUGUGCAUUCAGUGUCAUUUUACUGGCUUUACUGAAAGGUUGGAAAGGAGAUUUUUUACAUUGAUGGUACCCUGUUGUUUUCCCACAGAUGUCCACUUGCACAGAAAGAAGCAUGAAAAUGACACAUACGUCUUGGUGAGUAUCUCAUGGGUUUUACUAGUUUUAUGGCUUCUUGUAUUUAUUUUAUUUUAUUUUUUUGCAGUUUUAACUCUCACCUGAAUACAGACUUCUUUUAAUAUACUUUAAUCUUAAGCAGUGAGGGAGAAAAAAUACAAAAAAAAGAACAAAGCUGCAAAAUGUAGCUUUGAUAUGAUAGCUUUACUGAGACUAAACCUCUAGAUUGUCUAAUAUAAGGUAUAUGGUGUCUUUAUUCUAGAGAGAAUAAUUCUGAUCUACACAUUUGUUAUUACCAUCUCAAAAUUUGCAUUUCUUUAACAGUUUGGCAGAGAUUCUCUCUUGAAUUGUUUAAGUUAUUACACUGAUUCACCACUUGAUGUCAGUGUAGAUCACACAGUUAUUUGUACUCUGCAUCUCUGUUUGGGCUCCCGAUCAAGCUGACCUGGUGUCAUCCCUGGCAAUGACACAGGCCUGAAUAGAGCUGGCAACUUUGCCUCUUCCUUUAUUCAAGUGGUUUUAAUUUUCCUUUGUUGCUUUGCUAAUAACUAUGAAUGAUGUCUUUUAAUUUACAGGGAACCAUUCAUCCAUUCAGGAAGACGCACAGAUCCAUCUUUGGAAAACUUUCGCAGGAAUUCAGACUGGUCUCCUCAGACAGACGAGUAAGUGUUUAAAAGAUCAGUAUGUGUCUUUUUUUGUUUAUUUUUUUACUUUUGGUAUUAUUGGUGACAAAAUCCACCUGGUCUAUAUAACAAAACUCAUCUCUUUAACUCUCACUGAGCAGUUAUCAUCCAGAGCAAACCUUACUGUAUAAUCCCGUUCUGCUUUAAGCUGUUUGGAUUCUGUUUCUCCUGCACAGCCAAACCCAAACACCUCCAGUAAUCCUGUUUGUCUAGCAGGUCACCGUGUUCUAGUGAAAGCCUCAAAUUAAAACAGCAUCAGUCAAAAGCUGCACCCUGGUCCACUUUGGGUGACCUCUUACUGUUGGCGGUUUAAAACUGCAGGCUUUAUUUCUGUGUAGCUUUUUAAAGAUGCCCGCCCAGGCUGUUUGAAGUUACUCCUGCAGCAGUUCUCCUAGCUUCAAAGUGUCAUGAAGGUCAUUUAGACCUGAUGCUUGGUAAAUCAUACAAAGCUCUCCACUGACUAGAAAACUGAUGAACUACACCUUACCAAUUUAAGAGAUUAAAACACAAUUACUCCACUGUUUCCCUUGCUUUGAUUAAAUAAGUCAAAUUCUGAAUCGAAAGUUUCGGAUCCAACUCUCCAAAUCUGACCAAACUUCUUUACUUUCUUUUGGUCAGUUGUCAUUAAACAUGCGGUGAAACUAAUCUGGUAGAAGUCAUGUUUUGAAAGCAUUUAAAUAAAUGAAUGUGCACAUAUAUCGUAGACCUAUGAUGUGGGCGAAUAAAUGGUGAAAAAGGAAGAUAAGUAGGUAUAUUUGGUGGGAAAUGAAUAUUUUUUGGUUAGGUCUCAGUCCCUAAAAAGCUUGGUCGUGCCCCAGGCUCAAAAGUGACUUGGUUUUGGAAGUCUUGCCACAUAAAAAUGCUUCAUAUGCAAAAAAAAAAGAUAAAUUAUUUUAUUAUUUUUAUUUAUUUAUUUAUUUAAUUUAUGAGGCUUUAAUGUAAAUUUGCCUCUUGAGCCAUGCUGUGGGGCCCGGUUGUCUCCCAACACCCAGAUCAAGCUGAUCACAUGUAAAUAGCACAGCUUUGAUGCACAAGUCCUUUAGUGAGAAUGAGCAUGUUUAGCAUGCUCGUUUUACACUUGGUGGGUGAUCUGCAUAGAUCUCCUUCUGCCCUUACGCGGUACUGCUGGUUUAAAUGCCAGCGAAGGAACUUCUCUUGCUGCAGGCUGUGAUCCGCCUGAUGAGCAUGAAUAAAAUAUUCCACCUCAACAACAACACUGAGCUCGCUGCUGUAAAAACAGGAAACAACAACAGAGUCUGUCCCAGUUUUCUCACUUGAAAAUCAUGUUUAGUUCAAAUAAUUGGGUGAGUUUUUCUGCAAAUUCAUUUUAAAAAGUAUGAGCGCACUGUGGUCACAACGAAGCAAGGACAGAUAAAGAGAAGUGAAAAUGAAUGUUUACGGAUUUCUAACAUGCAUCUGUGUAUUUGUGUGUGUGUGUGUGUGUGUGUGUGAGGGUUAUUGUACCAUAAUCCACUUUGACCUAACACUGGCAGGGGGUCUUGCUUCCCCAAAGAGCCUUGAAUUGGAUUACAUGGUGUCGUACUCAGUUUAGGGGCCAAACAUAGUUCAGACGGGUGAAAGUUGAGAAGUUCUUCCUCAGUGUCUCAUUCCUCUUGUCUUAUGUCUCCUGUUGCUGUUGGUGUUGGGGAAUAAAACCUGGUCGAUUUCGGGUACAGUUCAAUUUUUUUUUUUACCAGGUCAACUGUUGGAGGAUUUUGCGCUGUAAUCUCUCGGCCUGUAAUCUCACCCUUUCAUGUCAUUGAGGGUUCCACAUCUAAGGAAAACUAAAAAAGCAGACAGGAGACUUUACAGUGAUUAGUCAGAGGUGUGAAAUACACCCUUUGAUGAGAAAGAGUGUGUGACUUAUUAUCCAUAUUUGUGUAAUUUUUCACACCUUUCUCAACCGUCACAUACUUUUACCAUGCCUGCAUGUGUGGUCCUUUGUAAUAGUGGCUGGCACACACUGUGGGAACUGGAACACACUUAUGCCUUUUUAAGCGCGCUGAACCAUUAACACGUCUGCUAUAAGAAAACUAAUGAGAUUGUUUCAUUAUUACCCUGUUAAGGAUCCCACUCUGGUAGCUUGAGUUUUUGACCUUUUUCUUUGGAAGCAUUCUCUUUGAAACGGUGAACAGGAGGCGUGUCUGAUACUAUCAUGUCAGUCAGUACCAUGGCAGACAGACGGCCUCUGCAGACACCAGUCACUGUGUUUCAGAUUGAAGUGAUGAGUUUUUACCAUAGACUGUUUAUACUAUAGACAACUUGGUCCCACCUUCCACCAGUAUACAGAUUUUAAGACGAAAAGCUCUUGGUAAUUCCACAUUUUUCUCCACUUCCUGAAACCAACAUUGCGCAGUAACAUUGUACGCAUUCGGCAGGAGAGUCGCUGUGAUGACGCUCGGCUCAAACAGCGUAUCCCCCGGUUGAGCUACGAAAUCUUCGUACGCCCAUAGGCUGUAUCAAGUGUCAAUCACAGAAAACAUGAACCCCCUAAUAACUUUUAAAAAUGGAGCUGUACAGAAAAAAGAGGAACAAACCAGUCUCACAAUAACUACAUGUCAAUAUCGCAAGCAGGGGGGAGAAAAAUUUCUAUUCUUUAUAUUAAUUAUAUUCUAAUUAAUUUCUGAAGUUUAUCCACAGCUCCACAAGCUUUGCUGGAGGAGGCGGGAUUUAUGACCUAUAUUUCAGCCCGUCACCAGAGGGGUGGCUUCACCCAGUGAGGAAGCAGAUGGCGUCCAUUCUAUGUACAGUCUAUGGUUUUUACAGUAACAGGGUGUAAAUAUCAUCUGGAUUAUUAUCAGUGUCAACAUCAGCUGUGGAAAAACUCUAAAAAAAUUAGUCAACCACUUUUACAAAAUGCCAUUAAUCGAACCAUUUAAUUGGUCCAUCUUUAGACUUUUGAUGGUUAAACAAACUGUCAAUAUUUGGUUGCUGCGAGAAAGCCAUCUUCCUCCUCCUCUUCCUCCCCCUCCAUAACUCUGUAAGAACUCCAUUUUGGUAACAAUAUGAUGUGUUCAAGGUUGGGUUGGUAAAAUAAUUAUAAGUCAAAUGUCAUUAUGAUAUGUCUGAGUGUCAGUCCCAGAAAAAAAAUGUAGGAUUUAAUGAUCAGCUUGGUCAGGAGAAAUUAGUUUGAUUACUCAGCACUGUAAGACAACAACAACUUGUUACACCUCAUAACAUGAGCUCUAAUCAGCUUAAAAAUGAAUCAUUAAAUCCAUUGGCAAAUACUCAAAGUAUGAAAGUUUAUUUCCUACUUACUGAAAAUAAGAGACAUGCUUUCCCACCAAAUAAUCCAGAAAUACAGAGUAGGCUUGAGAAAAACUUCAACAUCUGUAAAAAGUUAGUGACACAAGAACAAGAACAAACUCCAGACUACCCAGAAUCCUACAUUCAGGAUCAUACGGACCUCUCAGAAGUCUACUUUAGUCACUAGAUGUUGGUCUAGAGCAGUAGUUGUCAAGUCCAGUCCUUGAGGCCCACUGUCCUGCAUGUUUUGGAUGUUUCCCUGCUCCAACACACCUGAUUCAAAUGAUCAGCUCGUUAUUAAGCCAUUACAGAGCUUGAUAACGAGCUGAUCAUUUGAAUCAGGUGUGUUGGAGCAGGGAAACCAAAACAUGCAGGAUAGGGGGGGCUCGAGGACUGGAUUGAGAACCACUGGUCUAGAGAAAACUUAAUUCACAAUGUCUGUAGUUCAGUACUUGCUUAUCUUGAUUUAGCUCAUCAAGCACGUCUGCAGUAACACAGUGUCCUUAUAAAGUGGACCAGAGACAUCAUCAGACCAUCAACAGAGGAAAGACAUUACUGCAGGACAAGAGACUUGGAGGACCGGGUGUCACCCAUGUCCCCAAAAACCAAGUCAGAAAUCUCCCUGUACCCUGUUCCAGACCACCACCACCACCGCCACCCUGGUUCAUUAUAUAAGUUGGUUUAUUUUAGGAGGAGAACACAGCUACCCUGGAGACACAGAGUCCUGAUGGCUCUGAUCAGAGCACACAGAUGACAGGAGAGGAUAUUUUUCAUGUUUUUACCAUAACCAGGAGUAGACUUCCUUCAGGAUGAGGCUGCUGCCCACUGCAGGUCUCACUCUGGGCCAAACCUCCCACAGGAACACAUUUCUUGCCCAUCAGGUUGAAACUGACCUCCCUUUCCUUCUCUCCCUCUCCUCUUCAGAGGCUAAAAUGAGUCACGCCUCCGCUCACCACCAUGACACACAUUUGCUUGGCGCUGGCCUAUGAUGCUGCAGCAUGGCACGGCGCUUUACAGUGAUGUAAUCAGGCUUGGCAUCAGCAGGGGCUCCUUAUUUAUUACAGUACCUGGUGACUGAGCCUCUGUACGGGCACUGCAGCGCUGUCACUUUGAUGUCACAUGUAACCUCAAUAUGUUGGCUCACAGUGACGCCGCCGGACAGCCGGGUGAGGGUGCUGACCGACAGACGGGGGCAGCAGAGCAUCAAGGAUUAAACAACGUGCACUCUCCUGCAGGCGCUCUGUGUACGUGAAGGGGGGUGGAGAAUGUUUUGGGCCAAGUGCUGUCUCUCUGUUUGCUAACAGAGACACGUGCACGCUUGCAUACACACAUGUGUGCAUGCACAUACACAUACCAUGGGUCUCCCAUGCCUGUCGCUGGCUAGUGCUGUCACCAGACGCCCCAGUGCUGUCAUAACACAGCACACCACAGUAAUUGUAGAUUUCACAGCACUCUGCGCUCCCCACUACGGCAUAUGACUCCUACAUGAAGUGACAGGCUAGGACGUACACACACACACACAGACACACACACAAAAUCACACACACGUGUACAUAUUCCCUUGUUCGUUUCGUCUGCCCUAUCAGACACACACAGACCCACUCUCUCUUUUCUUUUUCUGCUAAGAGGACAGGUUGAAACCUUUUAGUUGUAUAUUUUUUUCUUAUUUGAAAAUUCUGCUUAAUGUUCAUGGGGGAGGAGAACAGUGCUGAACAAAGAAGAUCAAAGUUACAUGGAACAAAUGUUCCCAGUGUCUUCAGUGUGUUCGUUUGCUAAUGUUGUUUUUAGAAUUGACUUUGUGUGUAUGAACUCUAAGGGCUGUCUCCCAAAGGCAAAGACGGGACUGUUGGCAUCCAGGGAAGCUAUUUGUGACAAGACUGAAGAGAAGUAUAGUUUAGUUAUGUCCCAGUCUGAGGGAAAAAGGAUAGACACAACAUGAUGUGUGACUUCCAUUUAUCCCAAUCCUAAGAAAGCUAGUAGUACGGGUCAAAAAAGAUUGAAGCAGCUGUUUUAAAGGCUUAAGUUGUUAUGAAAAAAGUACAUUUUAAUCUUCUCAAAUCGAAAACUAAAGUUUAAACAAAUGGCAAACUUCCUACCGACACAAAAGAGUAGAAAACAAGAAUAAAGUGAAAGUGGUGUUUAUUUAUAAUGUAUUUAAGAAAACUGUCAGUCAAACAAUCCAUCUAUCAAAACUUAAGCAAACUCACAAAAGCAGGCUUAUGCCAUUCACACAGAUCUGAGAUUCAAAUACACAGUCUAAUGCUGGACUGUAGGAGGUGGAAAGAGGAGGGUCAAAAAAGGCUGCAGCAGCUGAGAUCUUCACCCAUUAACCUUCAUUGUCAUCAGAUCCAGAUGUAGCAAUUCUGUUUGAAACACCUCCUGAUGGGAGGAGACAGAAGCACUUUGUCUAUUUAAUGUACAGCUAAUGGAUUAAAUGAGCAAACAUCUGUGCACAAGCAAGACUUCUCAUCUGCUGUUCAUUGUUUUCAUAAUCUAACUGGAAAAUGUAGGUGUGAAAAUGGAGUCUGAAUACAGUAGAUGUCAUCUAUUUAAACCAGGUUUUCAUCUGCACUUAUGUCAUCUCCCGAUAGAGGUGAUUAAAAUUUAAAGGGAUAUUCUGGCUUAAAAUUAAGUUAGGGUCACAAACACCCCGUAACACAGAGUUAGACACCCCUUCGAGAGAUGAACGUUGCAGACUGCUUGCUUCUCUAGUCAUACCAACUUCAGGAACGACCACACGAUAGCAAUACACAGCGGUCUAUGUCUCCAUGAACACACUUCAACUAAAAAGCCACUCUAUAGCCACAAAUAAUGCUCAGAACAGCACCUAACUUCAUCAACAGUACAUAUAGAGUCCCAACCAUAGUACUAGCCACCAAACAUCUUUUUAGCUCAAACAUCUUUUUCAGAGGAGUUUCGCAGCUCAAGGAAGAACAUUUAUGAUCAUUACUUCAUGGAAAUGGAGUCAGACUGAGACACAAAGGCAGAAGAAGUACAGCAUCUGCAGUGCAAAAUGAUUAUUAUGAUGGUUAUUACAUCAAGGAAAUUAUCUGCUGCACUCGGUGAACGACUUGCCCAGGCUCCCCUCACAUACAAGCGGCUGCUGGAAGAGAGUAGGUGAGUUGUGUUUAGUCUCUUUGCUAAAGAAAUCAGUCAAAGUUAAAAAGAUGUUUGGUGGCUAGUACUAUGGCUGUGACCCUAUAUGUACUGUUGAUGAAGUUAGGUGCUGUCCUGAGCAUUAUUUGUGGCUAUAGAGUGGCGUUUUGGUUGAGGUGUUUGCGUGGAGAUGUAGACCACUGUGUGUUGCUAUCUGUGGUCGUUACUAAAUUGGUAUAACUAGAGAAGCAAGCAGUCGGCAACAUUCAUCUCUCGAGGGGGUGUCUAACUCGGUGUUUGACUCUAACUUAAUUUUGCACCGCAAUAUCCCUUUAAGUCUGUAGACAGCCUUAUGUUGUGUUAUAGCAGUCAAGUAAUAUCCUCAGAUGUGUUUAUAGACAUUCAUUUACCUUGAUUAUUUGCACAGGCCCAGCAUGUAUGCACUGGCCCGCACAUGGAUGUGUUGACUGUGGGUCACUUGGCGUGCCCAGCAGGUGGUGCAUUAAAUGAGUGAUUUAUGAUGCGGGCUGCGACCCUUUGUUUGUACUCAGUGAACAGUUAUGUGGGUCACUUUACAAGGUACUGUCAAAUGAUUUAUGAGAGAGAUGAAAUGAUUUUGAUAGCUUUGUGUAGUUUAAUGUGUUAAAUCUUUUAAUGGCUUUAGUCCUGAUAUGCUUUAGAAUACAUUAACAAUCUUGGGUCGUGUUGUUUUGUUUCAACAUCAUAAAUUUAUGAACUUUUUUUUAAUUUAUUUUUUUAUCCAGAACAUGAUUGUGUUGCAGAGUAAGCUUUUUCUAUAUUCAAGAGUUAUUGUUCCAGCUGAAUAUUUUCAUUUAUGUUCAUUUCUUUCACUAACCUAGAAUAAAAAAUGGAAAGAUUUGAGAAAUAGCUCAGUGUGGUUAAGGAGCAGAGCUGCUGUUUUUCAGCACUGCGCCUGUUUUCUGCUCUCAGGUCUUCUAAAGUUGACCUUCCUCUGAGCUGGUGCUUCUGUCAUUCAAACUGCAGUGAACACGGUCGGCUGCACAGUCAGGUCCCGUUCACUCACGGAAUUCACCCAAAUCCCCGACACAGUAGGUCGACAGCAGGACAGCAGACUCACUGUCCAUCAGCAGCUCCCAGUCCCUUUUUGGGUCUGGAUUGAGAUAAGAGGACAGCUGGUCACCUGCCAGAGUUUGAGCUCCAGGAAGCUGACUGACAGGCGGGAAAACCCUGCUCUGUAGAGCAGCCCGUGUGCAUAAAGCUGUAUUAUAUCUGCUGGGGCUCUACAGGAGCUGAAGGUCUACAUGGCUUGCUUUGAUUUAAUUUUUUAGCUCGCAGACUAAUUAGACUGAAACCAUUAAUGACAAAUGAAGAUGAGGAGAUUGUGAAGUGAUUGACAAUCAUUAUGGGAAGAGCCAGAUUCAUUUCUCUGUAGUCUUGACAACUAAGAAGAUUCUUGAAUGUUGAAAAUGAAUUUUGCUGUAGUUUUUGGUGCACUUCUUACUUGAAUACAUGCUUUUUCUAUUGGUGCUGUCCAAAAGUAGUAUAAUAACCAUUUAUUCAGGCUGGCCUCUGACCGUCAGCUGUAACUAUAGGUGUUAUGCUUUUAAUUAGGGAUGUCCCGAUAUGAAAUGGAUAUCAGAUAUCGGGUCGAUACCAGCAAAAAAAAAACAAAAAAACAAAUAUCGGGUUAUAUCGGCCUGCAUCUAAAUCCAUUCCAGGCUCUGCUUUGGCACCUCUAUCUAGCAUGCAGAGCCCACAUAAUCACAACAACAGUGUGUACUAAGGUUCUAACAAAGUAGCAAGGAGCAGGAGUGAUAUCAGCUAUGUGGCAGUGUUUUUCGUUUAAGUCCAAAAAGGAUGUUGCAGCUGAGUGCAAAACUUUGUGCCAAUAUCGGAUCAAUAUUGGCAUUGGUCAGUAUUGAAGGCUACAAUAUGGGUAUCAUAUCGGAGGUAAAAAAAGUUGUAUCGGAACACCCCUACUUUUGAUGACUUGUUUUAUUGCUGUUUUGUCUCUUUUUUGCCUCUAAUAUCUCCUUUAGUCUUUCUUUCUUUCUUUCCAUCACACCAUGUAAUCUGUAACGAAUGACCCUGACUGGGACCUGACCCAGAGGCUGAGCCACAGUGCUCCAUUUAUUUCUGUCCUUUAACCAUUAUUGUGUUUGUUUGUUGUCGUUUUCAGUCGUGGAGGAUCCUGCUGUUCGGGGCUCUCAACCUGCUGUGCACCGGCUGUCUGCUGAUGUGGUGCAACUCCACCAACAGCAUGGGUGAGCACACAAACACACACGGUCAUACACACACACACACACACACACACACACGGAGUCAAACAUGGAGUCAUACACACACUUUAAGCAAACAAAGUGAUAGAGGUGAUUCAGAUGGACACACACGGACGUACACAAGCUGACAGACACACACACAAAGGAAAAAAAAACUCAACUUUGAGAUGUGGACACUGACACUAACAGGCGGAGAUACCUGUCUACACACACUAAACUCUGAUUGACUGUCACACAGUCUUACACAUAUGCGCACAGGAGUGUGUUUGUGUUUGUGUGUGUCUGUAUGUAGUUGCGCUGCUACACAGUGAACAAGUCUUUAAAAGUGUGUUAGCAGGGUCAUCUCACCAGGGGGGUCCAGACUGAUCCUGCUGCUACGGCUGCAGGUGUAUGAGUGCAUCUACUAGAGUACAGUACUCGUGUGCGUAUGUGUAAAGGUAUGUGUGUGUGUGUGUAUGUGUGUGUGUUGGUAUGCUCUCCUCGGUUAAAAUAUGGCACUUGAAAGGGCAUGUUGAAGAAACAGAGCCCUUCACAGCUUCCUUUUUCACCCUGUGGUGCUGCGACACAGAGAACACAUCAGUCAGGCUGACAGAGUGGGUUUUUUUUACAUCCAGGGCAGAGCACGGCUGAGUCCACACUAUUAUGUCUAUCAUAUUAAGAUAAACAGUUUUAAAGAUAUUGAAAAUCCAUAAUAUUUUUUUUUUAAAUAAAGUUAUUUUUCAAAAUAAUUUCUUAAUUAAAGUUGCUGCAAAACUCCUUCAUUCUCAUCUUGAUAAAAUAGUUGAACAAUGUUUCUUGAGGUUUUGGGGCUUGUGCAAAACUGUUGUGAUUUCCUUUUUUUUUAGUCUUUCAGUUCCUAUACUGUCCUCCUUUUCAAUAUGGGUAACAUGUAAUAUGUGUUGCUUCUUUGCUGUGGUGGUCUUUGCUAGUUUUUUACAUUGUUGAAUACAUUUGUUGUAUUUGUUGAUACUAAUGUGGAUGCAGUUAAGCUUGUGCAGCAAUCGAGUCCAAGAUAGAUUUCUCCAAGGGAAUGAUGGAGUGUUUCAAAUCGCAUCGUAUUGUAUCCUAUUGCAUCCUGCUGUAUGGUAUCAUAUCGUAUUUUAUCGUAAUGUAUCGUAUCGAAUCGUAACUGCUCACUUUUGAAAGCAGGAACAGUUUGAACUUUUUACCUCUUGAAGCCCCCCAAAACAGACUGCAGCUUUGACUGUUGCAAUUAACAUUCUGGGUUUUAUUACAUUUUUAAUUAAUCUUCAGCAGUGAUUAUUUUUCCAGAACAGAAAGUUAAUGAACAAAGGUCAGGCGGUCAUUGCUGCAUUCAAUGACUCAGCUUUCUGAUUCAGGAAAUUCACUCCCACUCCAGGAUCAUUAAGUGCUGAGGCUUCUGGAUUGAAAGAAUUUGAAUAUCCGUGUGAAAUAUUAGUUGACAGCAGCUCAGCCAAAUCUCAGUGUUGGUCCUAGUGUCUGUCUGUGUUAUCUGGAGCCAAACAGCAGCACUUAGAACCAUUUCUCUGCCUCAGCUGAGCUGUCCACUGGGCUCUCUGUGGAUGUUGUGACAAGCUCAUAUUGAAGAGGCUGAAUCUCACACACACACGCACACACUUUAGCACAUAUCAUCAGCUUUCUACAGGGAGAAGUUCUCGUCACAGGUACGCUAGGUCAUUGGUAAAUUGUGCAGAUUGGAAUUCAACAUGAAAAUGAACGAUGAAGGAGAAUUACAAUCAACCAUGAAGUCACUAUUUGGCUUCAUCAGAAGGUUGUUUAAGUUUUUAUGAUCUUACAUAUCAUGUCCUUUAGAUGCUAAAAUAAUUUUAAAAAAUUACUACAGUAAAACUCACAGAAACUGUUUCAACCCCAAAUGUAGUUCCUGCUCUUUAAUUCUAUACUCCUUUGUUUUUACACCACUGAGCUUCUCUUUUGCUCAAACAAAGACUAGUGAACUGUAGUUAGCCAGCCUGACUCUGGUGGAAAUAGUAGUAAGAUGCUACUACCUUUACCCGAUUACUCAGACAGGCCUGGAGAGAGUACAAGGGAUCAAAUACUGCACAGUUGUUAUAUCUACACCUGUGCUGCCGUAAUGUCCAGCCAGUUAAAAUGACAGAGAAGCUACUCUUCUGGUUUUUCCCCAUUGUUCUUCAUGAAUAUGGUGAAUGAGACCACACUUACUCUCUUAUCUGUUUGCAAUAAAGAUUUAGAUCAAGUAUGAUUCAGGGUGUGUGUGUUAUGGAUUGUAAUAGUGAGACGGCUGUGCAUAGAGACAGUGGUGCAGUGAGACAUGGUGUUCAUGGUUAGUGAGGCUCAUCUCUGCCACCAAUCUGAAAUCCUCUCAGGGAUGCCUUCACUCAGAAAAAUGCUGCCAUGAAAAGAACAACAUGCAACCUUAUCCCGGCUCACCUGCUCUGACUGCAAAUAUUGCAGCACCCCCCCCCCCCCCCCCAAUCUCCCUACCCACCCCCCCAAACACACACAACAGUGGCGUCGGGUGUCGUACAGACAGGAAGCAGAGGACAGAGGUAUUGAACACGCUGGAAGGCGACACCCUUGUCGAUACUCAGCCCUGAUGAGAACAGCAGGAGUAGACGGUGGCCCAGCCUCUGUACUGUCAGUCAGAUUCCUCCUCCUGUGGAAAGUCUUCUUCACUCUUCGGAUUAGCAUGCAUCAGCUCUAGCACACUUACUCACCACACAGUAUUUCAGUCAAACAUGAACACACGACUCUGAUGGCCACUGUUACAAGGAGCAAAACCAGUUGAGAUGUCAGUGUUUUCUGAAGACGCAUAGAGUGCAUAAUAAUCGGACGUAGUGUUGUCGAGGUCACCCUUCUGUUUCUGCUGCUGAGUUUUGAAGCCAGUUGGCAGUAGUCACCACCACCACGUUGGUCAUGCUGACUCAACCCAACAUCCAGUCAACGUACCAGAGGCAAGCUUUUAGCCACCUCGCAUCAGUGUGCCCGCCUGUCAGUCAAGUCAGUAGUUGAUCUGACUCGCAGAUGUUGUAACCUAAAUAACUUUAAAAUAAAUGCAUUACAAAAAAUGAAUUCCUUGGACUACUGUAGGUGCCGUGGGAGUCCACAGCUGCUAAGAUCUAAACCUGUUUUGAACUAGGCUCUACACAUGUGUACUUGGCUUGAGAUAAACAAUUAAAGAAAAAGACUUAAUAUAAAUAACGAAUGAUAAUUAAAAACAGCAAAUUUAAUCAGCUUUUACUUUUUUCCAUUUAUGAUACAUUCUGUUUUUUUUCCACAUGCAGAAACAUUUCCUGUCUGUGAAAUUAUGAGGCUCUUAAGUUUGCUACCAUUGAAUUAAUGCAAGGACACAACCGUUUACUGGUUUCUGCAAACAAUAAAUGUUGAAUUAUUCAAUGGCUGGAAUCAGUCAAUACUAAUUAUAAACAUAUCUGCAUACCAGGAGUUGUAUUUUUUUGUAUACUUAACUUUUUGUGUGCCUGAAUCAGUUUAUGUAGAAAAUAAAUUUGAUUAACUUUUGGGGAUAAACUUAAUGAAGUAUCCACUCACCUUUCAUUUCAGUAAAAGAAGGAAGAUAAGGAAGUAGAACUUGAAGUUGUCAUAUUUUCCUCUUGUGUGUUGAAAAACAGCACAUAAAUACACAUCUGUUUGUGUUUGUUUGGAGGUUGACUGAAGGAACCUGGUUGUUUACGUUUGCUUCUCUCUGCUCUGCUGCUCUGCUGUCACAUUGAACACACUCUUUUUUUGCAUCUCUAUGUACAGUUUUAUAUAUAUUUAUAUAUAUUUCUCAUUAUGGCUGUAUAUAUGUAUGUGUAUUUGUGUGUGUGCCACGGCCAAUGAGAUCUCUUCAUGCCCUCAGCUGUUUGUGAGCCCUCAUGAUGUAGAGCAUACAGUGUUUGUCUUCCACCUCAUUAGUCUGGAGCACACACACAAACACACAUUUACAUCUGCUCACAUGUUUACACUUUCAUACCUCACUGAGGUUUGUGGAUACAGAGACACAAAUGUGAUUUUUAUGUGGACACUUACAGACACAAUGAGUUGAUUUUCUUACCUUUAGCAUCAAAACUUUUAGUAUUAAAAGGUGAGAAAGUGUCUUUAAUUUCCUUUUGCUUACUUUUGCAUCAGUGAGCUUGUGAAAAUAUCCCUGUCUGUCAGCUCUGCCUGCCGCUUCUGACUAUCACCAACUUAAACUCCAUGCACAGAUACUUAUGAAGGGUCUACUGAAUUUCAUAAACUCACAAGAUAUGAUUGGGAGUGAAAAGUAAAACUCUCAAAAAUGCAGGACUUCAUUGAGGCUAUGUGAAGAUUUUGUUUAUGUUUAUGAAGUUCGAGCAUACAGUAUAUCCCCUAUGAUAGGGAUGGGCGAUAAAUUAUUGUUCACAAUAUAUUGUCAGAAAAAUGUUGAUAAAUGAUAAAUGCAAGGUGAUGACAUAAGUGCAAGCGAUGGACUCGCAGCCAUAGCCCACACAGAGCAGAAGAACAAACGAACAAAAUAAGGAAGUUUUUGAGCAGCUUGUUACUGAACGAGGCUCCACUAUGGGAUUUCCUUCAAGACUGGGGCUUCGAUAAGAGCAAUCAGAUAUGCCUGACAUCGGACAUCGGAACUUGUGGUUAAGUAUCUUAUUUGACCACUCCAACUGAUGUUCUCAAGACAAAAUAGGUCAAAAAUAUAGAUUGUAAUUAUAAUAUCUUUUAUCGUUAUUGCUAGAAUGGCAAAUCUCAUUGUGAUAAAUUUUUUAGCCCAUAUCGCCCAUACCUCACACAAACUUAGAUUCAUGCCAGCAUCUUAUAUCGCCACAACUAUUAAACAUAAUCAAAUAUUAAAAAAUAAAAUGUUACUCGCAAAAAAGUUCAGGGUUGGCCAACUAAUAGCCUGCAGGGUUACUAAUUGGUAAUUAAUACAAUGAUAUGAACUCUCUUACGUUUGCUUUUGUGUUUAAAAUAAAUGUAAUAUAUUUUCCUCUCGGGUAUCAAAAAACUAACUUGAAACAAACAUGAUGAGCAAAUGUUCGGAUAAUUCAAAUUUUACAGAUUUAUCAAUGAAGUCUGUAGCAAGGGGUCUGACAGCUUCCUGCUUAGCCUCCACUUUUAUAGAAUAACAUGACUUUAUCAGUUUACCAAGGUCAAGAGGGCAUGGUAACAAUGAGAGCGACCUCUGCUGGCUCAUACAGCAAGCUACUUUGGGAGGCUUGUGACUCAAUGAUAUUUACAACUAUAUAGAACAUUGAUCUAACAUAUUUGACAGUAGGAAAGCUUGUUUAGAUGUGUAACAUAUCCAGCAAGUUCACAGACAUGGAAACCACAAGAGUUUAAUAGAAAAAGCUGCAGGAUCUGUCUAAAGCCUUCCCUCCAGUUUCUACAGUUUGCAUUCGGUUUGUCUUCCAGUGCAUGUGGGUUAGUUGGAGCUCCUCAUGGGUUUAUCAAGAUGUGCUCAUGAAGCUUAUAGUACAUUCCUACCGUUAGUUUAAAUGAAGCAUAACCUAUAUAAAAGCCCCCCCCCCAGAACAUACACACUGAGGCACUCAUACACAAACAUAUAUGUCCCUGUUGACCCCCCUCUGUGAGUGUAAUACCAUGUUCUAGACCAACUGCCACACCGCAGCAACAAAGCCUCAUAUAUAUAUACAUUCUGAACAUGUUCCUGCACAUGCUUCCAGAACUCAUGCAUGGAAACACACAUGAACACACAUACACCCACACACUGUUCUGCCCCCAUUAGCUCAUGGCUAACGGCUUAACAGACAAGUUAAUGCACACACAAACCAUAUAGACACACACAAACACAUACACCACAAUCUGUUCCCUGUUCUCCUCUUGGCUGUCGAUGUGUUUGCAAACACGUACACGUACACGUACACACACACACACGCACACACACACAAAGCAUAUACGGACUCCAUACAUGCUUUACUGGCGCUGAGGCGGUUAACCCCUAGUUGACCUGUGAAGCUGCUGAGAGAGAUAAUCAUUGUUCAGCUUACGCAGACCCACCGGUCUCCAUGUCUGUCCAUGUGUGUGCGUGCAGUUGUUAGGAUGUUAGUUAGAUCAUGGGACAGAUUUCUCUAUGUAGGUUAAACUAAUAAUGUGUCGCAAACAGGAUGACUGUACAGGACUGACCAUACAUAAUUCUCCUCCCUCCCUUCACUCCCUCUGAGUUUGCAUCAGAAGAAUUAUCAGGCUUUUACUGCCAUUACAAAGCAGGAUAUUUACGUCCAGAAUAGUGCUACAUGUUUAUUAGUGGUGGAUGCUGAUCCACCGCCAGACAGCUAGAGUCAUGAUAUCAAUGUUUUGUUUUUAUUUUCUACCAGAACCAUUAUGAGCUCUGAUAAACCUGUUGAUCCCAGGUCUGGCUCUGCUCACUUUGCAAAGUUUACAGCUCCAGACAGCAGGCGGCUUUAGGAUAUUAUUACUAACCUUAAGAUCUAAGAUACUAACUUAGAACAGAGUUUCAGAAUCAAUGCCAAGGAUACGAGUGAGGGGAGUGAAGUCCAAGGACACAAAUAACAUUUUGUGACCUCUUUUCCUUGUGAUGGUUCAGAGUCUAUCGUCUAUCAGUCGGUUUUGCCAAGUGUCCUUGGGCGAGAGACUUAACCCCAAACUGCCCCCACUGGCUAUGUCCAGCAGUGUGUGAAUAGGAUUAAAUAAAACUGAUGGGUGCUUUAGACAGUGGCCUCUGCUUUCAGUGUGUGGUGAAUUGGUGAAUAUGACAUGUAGAGGGAAAUGCUUUACAUGUAUAACGUGGUCCAGUUAAUGAACUUAAUGAGAGCUUCCCGCAUCCCCAGUAAUGAACACACAGCUCAACUAUCCAGAUUUUCCUCAAACGUCCAGCUUCUAUGUCAAAUAUGCUGAGACGUUACUGUUUUCACUGUGAAUGAAGGUUUGUGUUUAAGUGCUGCUGAAGCAGAGCUGUUGUUGCACUGUUGCGGAAACAUAAGCUGAUGAUGAUUCUACAGAACUGUGUGUGUGUGUGUGUGUGUGUGUGUGUGUGUGUGUGUGUGUGUGUGUGUGUGUGUCGGUGUGUGUAUUCAAAGUAGGCCUCCCAUAUCAAAUUGUGCAACAGACAACUGGAUCAGCUUUCAAUCCUUUUACAAAGUAAAGACAUCAGCUUUUUGUCUUAACUGACUAACAACACACACACACACACACACACACACACACACACACACACACACACACACACACACACACACACACACACACACACACACACACACACACACUGUAGCAGAUGAGCCAUGGAUGUGUCUUUCCAUCAGUCUGUCUGCUUCCUUUUUUUUCCACUCUGAAACACACAGACAGCCCGCCACUCUGAGUCACUUGGACACACACACAAACCUCUCAGCUGUCUCUCACCUUAACUCACCUCUUCUUCCUCCUCCCCCCUCCCUCUCUCUCCCUCUCUAUCUCUCUAUCGCUCUCCGUAUCUCUUUUUUUAUCCCCUUUCUGUGUCUGUGUCCCAACACUCAUCACCUUAACUCCCCCCUUAUCUCUUUUCUCUCAGCUGACGGAUUUUAGUUCUCCAUUUCAGUCCAUAGUCUUGAGGCUUCAGUUUUGGUCUCAUGGUAGGGCUCUAAAAAGAAUUGUGUUUCUUUGCAGUUAAUGACAUUAUAUUUGUCGUAACCAGCCUCGGCUCUCUCACUUUGAGGGAAUGGGCUCAUGGUUCACACACCUGCACCACCAGGUAACUCAGGAGCUCUGCUUCCUUGUGUGUAAAGGAGGUUCUCCCUUCUCUCCUACAGUCUGGUGGAUCUUGCUCUUCCUCAAUUUUCAUAAAAUGUAUCACAUGGAUUCACAGUAAAUCGAGAAAGAGACAGAGAAAAAGGGGCUACAUGGGGGAAUCAGAUCUGGGCUGCCCACUUGGAGAACAUAGCCUUUGUACAUGAUGUGCUUGAUUUACCCUCAAGACCAAAUAGGCACCCUGACACACUUGGUAUUAACAAGUAUCUAAUGCAUCUGAAAGAAAGGAGAAAACCUUUUAAAUAUGAAGAAUACAUUUUAUGGUCAACGUCUUGUUGGCACAAGACUUAAAUGUCAGUGCUCUAAUACCCAGAUGUAAACAAGCACAGAUGACAGAUGGCAUCUUGUAACGCAUUGCAACUAGGCAGUUCUUUGAUGUAGGGCUGGGCGAUAAACCGGAAAUUUACCUGUACCGAAAUUUACGACAUAACCAACUUCAUCUUGUCCAUGUCAAUAUAUUUGGUGUCAAAAAAUGAAUAAAUAAAAGUUGAUUUUGGAUGUGUGUAGGGAGGCUACGUCCUUUUAAGAUGUUGUCCUAUGUCGGAGACGUGUCUCCACCUCAACCAGUCCAUAACAAAGAGGGAAAGGUGGAAGACGGUUCAAAAGUUGUAGUGGCUGGAGUGGCGGCCGAAGCAGACGAAGUUAAUGAGGGAGCGGUUGAGCAGCUUGUGUUGUAGUUAUCGUCCAUUUAUCGUUAUUGAGGUGAAUUGCUCAAUAUGCAAUUGCAAACACCACUCAAGUCUGUUGGUGCUAGCUCUGCCAGCAUCAGCCGUACUCUGCAUUCUGCACAUCAGUUUGCCAGUCCAUGUUUGGCCAUUUUAAAUACAUCUUGUUCAAUCCUUUCCACAUUUUUUCUCUUAUCCAGGUCCAUUAUGAGGCCAAAGAUAAAAUAAAUAUUAUAAAUAUAAAUGUUGUCCAUUUUAAGUGUAUUUUUAUAGUGCUUUUGAGUCCAAAUGAAUGUGUACACGUAUAUCCCUUUCAGUGUGUGUAACUGUUGAGUUGAGAACAUGUGUGUGUAUAUGAGUGUGCGUCUCCAGCUGUUUUGUGUCCCAGAGCAGCAGCACUAGGAAACCAGGUCAAGUGUCUGCUCCACAGACCAAUAACACCAUCCUCUACUCUGUCUCAUCAUCAUACCUCUCCUCCUCCUUCUUCUCAUCCUUCUCCUCCUCUUUCUGCUUGUUCUUUUUUUUUCCACCUGAAUUUUUCCCUUUUCCUUGCCAACAAUAGAAACACAAAAAUACUUCAUUCUUAUUGUUUGCUGGAACAAACUACUAAAAAAACAACCUGUGCAACUUCAUCUGUAAAAUAAUUACCAUUUAAGUUAAGGCUUAUCACAGAUUUUGUGACGUCAUUUUGUUUGCGUCACUGCAGUGUAUAUGUGUGCGUAUUUAUUUAAGUGUUUGUUGGUUUGUUAUAUCUGCACAUGUAAUCGGAGCUGUGUGUGUGUGUGUGUGUGUGUGUGUGUGUGUGUGUGUGUGUGUGUGUGUGUGUGUGUGUGUGUGUGUGUGUGUGUGUGUGUGUGUGUGUGUGUGUGUGUGUGUGUGUGUGCUGUCCCCAGGCCCUGAAUGUUCCUGUGUGUCAGAACACAGCUGGUAAAGCAGUGCAUCCCACAGGGCCUUCAGUCCAGCCAACACACACUCAUAGAUAUUUGUGUGUGUGUCAGUGUGUGUGCCUAUGUGUGUAUCAUCAUCUUCUCUUACUCCCCAAACAGCCACCACAUCUGCUUUGCUCUCAGUGAGGCUUGAUCAUCUAAACAUACCGAUGAUGUCUGGGGCUCUCUCCCAUGGGAUCCUUCAUUGUAAGGGCAUAAUGUCCUGCAAAAAACACACGGGCUGCUAGUUAAAAUCACUUUAACGUGGAGGUAGGAUUUUAUUUGAAUGCUGUUCUCUUAUGAUCUGAUCAUUUUCUAAACGUGUCCAACCAUAUUAGACUGAAUAAAAAAUGCACACUACAGGAAUUGGACAAAUAUUUUGGGGACUGCAACAAACUUAUUCAGACAGACAGGGUGUCAUUUUUUUUAAAUCUUAACCUUAAAUAGUCAAACAGUCAAAGUAGCUGUUACCACAUCAGCAUCCAGCCUCGUGCUUACAUUGUUAGCUUCACAUAUCAGCCUGUGCAGUGCAAGAAACCACCUUUGCUAAGUGUUAAUCAACCACAGCAAAACUUGAUGUGAGUUAUUUAAUUGUAGUUAAUGCACCAUACAAACAUUUAUAGAGAGGAGUGUCAAACUUGCCAUUGAACUGAAAUAAACCACUACUUAUUUGACACUUUAACUUACAGCUGGUGUCCAGUCACAGCUGACCCUAUUCAAAUGUAACAGGAAGACUCAUCAAACAAUAGUGGGAGAGAAUUUUAAAGCACUGGAGCUGGAAUAUGUCUGUAGACUGUCAUCAAGUAAUCUACAGAUUUUGAGCUGAGUCAUAAAACUCAAAAGGGGAUUUAUCAUUAUAAGCUUUAGAUUAUUGUCAUUUUUUUAAUAGAGCUUAAGUAUAUAUCCGGUAUAAUCCUCACUACAGCGGCUAUGAGGCUGGUCUUAAACUUGCAUUUGACGCCCUUUUCAGAGUGAUGAUUAUACAAAGUUAACACUUUUCCAUGAAGGUCCUGUAGUAAACAUUAAUUGAUUGUCAAAAUCAAUCAAUCAAUCAAACUUAAUUUUUAAAACACCUUUCAUACAUAGAUGAGGCACAAGGUGCUUUCCAUUCAAGCAGGAUAUUAAAAACAAUUAAAUAAAACAAAUAAAAAUACAAAUACAAAUACCAAACCCGCCCACCCUCCCAACCCCAAUUCAACACAUACAGCCUUUCAUCAAACAAAGGCUGUUGAGGUUUAUAAGCACCUCAAAAAAGGUCUUAUAAGUGACUUAUUAAGUAUUAAUUAAUGCUUUUUUGAAGGACCUUUAUAUGAAGUGUGACAAAAAAAGAGGUUAAUCAUCAAAUUGAGGCCCCGCCCGAUAUUCAUGAAUGUGUGAAUAGUAGCCUAAUUUCUGGUCCCAGGUCAGCAGUAGAGCUCUUAACAUACCAGCACUUAGUUUAGCUAAUAGCAGUUUUGUUUGAACAGAUGAUGUACAUUGAUUAUCAUCAGCAGGGAGCACGUCGGGUAAAGGGUCAGGGCACAAGGGGGCAUGAGGCGGGGUGAGCAGGAGUGUUUUUGGUUUAACAUAUCACUGCCAGAUGCCACCCUAAUCCCAUGUGGACACAAGAAUCCUUUUUGCUCUGGUCUGGUUUCAUAUUGACAGAAGCUUCUCGUCAUGCUUGAAGGUGACAUGCUGUCUGUGUGGGCCAUGGAUGUAACUUGGAGUGUGUUGAGGUGUGUGUGUGUGUGUUCAUCAUUUGUAGUGAAGCGUUUGAGAGCUUUAAACUCUUUUUUUUUCCCCUAAACAAGACAUUAAAAAAAAUCUUUUUGAGCUCUUCUAAAAAGUUCGUCACAGUCGUUGAUUGUGGAAAAGACCAUUGAUUUAUUUAUUUAUUAGAGUAUUAUUUCUUUCUGCAAAAAAAAAUCACCAAUUUUGACGACCAGAAAAGACGUGUGUGUGUGUGUGGAUGUUUGCAUCAUGUAGAUAUUAAUAAACUGUUGUGAUCACUUGUUCUGUGUUGGUACUCUCUGCCAGUUUGUCUAUCAGGUUAGUGUGUGUGUGUGUGUGUGUGUGUGUGUGUGUGUGUGUGUGUGUGUGUGUGUGGGCCCCUCAGGUCCAGUCUCAUGUUUCUCCCUCAGCUGUCAGCAAUUUUUGGGCUGGCCAGAGAUCCUGCUGUCACUGCCUCCUCCUUUUUCUCAUCCUCUUUCUUAUCACUCCAUCUUACUGUGGGUUCAUCUCCUCCUCUCCUCCUCCUCCUCCUCCUCUUCUCCUCUCCAGGGAGACUCCUUACCACAGCAGUUAGUGCGUUCGAUAGAAGCUUUUAGUUUACAUUUGCAACACACAAGAGCUGACCUGACACCGCGACCCGGAGUGUGUGUGUUUGUGUGUGUCAAUGUCCCAGUGUGUGUCAGUGUGUUUCAAUGUGUGUGUGAUAUACAUUAGGUCUCAGUUUACUAUUUACCGGAACCAAUGACACUAAGCUGCUGUUUGCUGUGGUUAGCACAUUGAGUGUGUGUGUGUGUGUGUGUGCCAUGAUAAGUCUAGAUUAAUUAAAACAAAAUCUACUGAUAUGUACUCAUAUGAUCAGCUCGUUAUUAAGCCAUUACGGAGCUUGAUAACGAGCUGAUCAUUUGAAUCAGGUGUGUUGGAGCAGAGAAACAUCCAAAACAUGCAGGACAGGGGGGGGGCUCAAGGACUGGAUUGAGAACCACUGGCAUAAGGUAUGCUGUCCACUUCUUAGAGUGGAGGAGCCCAAAGCCUCAAUUUUAGAGCACUUUCCGUUUGAAGGUUUCAAAGGUAAUCUCACUACGCUUCUGCAGACACCUUUUGUAAAUGUCCAUUCAAACUUUCAAACUUGGGAUCAAACUUUCAGGGUACUUGUUAUGAGAAGCUAGUAGAGUCCACCCAUCAUGGAUACUAAGAUGCACUCUGCUCGCUUGAGGCAAACUUUUAUCUUUUUUUCCUCUUUGUAGAGAGCUGCUCAUAGAGUUUAACGCAAGUAAGGCUGUGAUUGGCGUUAACACUCCAGCUCCAGCGUGUUUACUAAUCUGCUGAAUACUUCGUCAUCAUCUGUAGAUCAUUUCUGUAGGUCUUUGGCUGUAUAUUCAGUGAUACAGCUGUCUAAUCUCUAGAGUUUAGACAGGUUGUUCACACUUCCUUUACAGUUUUAUGGCCUAGCUGGAUUUAUUUUCCUCACAUCAUAUAGAGGGUUUUUGAGGUGGCAUUUUUGCCAAGUGACUUCCUCUACCUGCAUCCCAACUGGAUGUUACUAGUCUAAUUGGUUUCUCCUUAGCUGGUGUUGUAGGUAAAGUUGAUGCUGAAAGUCCUGCCCUGUUUUGUUUUUGAUAGGGAGAGUGAAAACUGUUGUAAAACCAUAAUAAAAAGAAGUCCUGGAUUCAUGCCCUUGAUCACUAACCCCCGACAGAGUAGACUUCAGCUUCCUGAGCCUUUCAUCAAACAAAGGCUGUUGAGGUUUGCGAGCAAGUAAAGCCCAGUGAGUCUCCAACCCUCUGAUACGACCCUCAUGAACUUUCCCUGAAUGAGCGCCCACACAGAUGGUAGGCAACAUGUCUACAUACCUAUAUGUUUUGCAGGACCGACAUAUAAAUCUUGACUCUUUCAAAUUAAAAGUCUUUAAAGAACACACCCUUAGUUUCUCUGGCAUCUUCACUCCAUUAUUACAAAUGAUUUACACAUUUUAUCAUUUAUUAUUUCAAUCUAUUGUGUGCACAGUUUAAGUCCCUAUAUUUUGUGUGUAUUUGUGUGUGUGUCUGUGUGUGCGUGUGUGUAUUUGUGUUAUGGCUGCUCCUCUGCAGACAGCAUUAAAUAUUCAUCCUCCAGCUCGUAUUUCCCCCUCUCAUCUGUCUAUCUAUCCUUGUUUCCUUCUUUUCCUUCUCCUCCUCUCUUACUUUCCCUUUCUCUCCUCCCUACCUUCCAUCCUUUUUCUUGUUCAACUCAAUCUCAUCUUUAGAGGGUAAAAGGAACUGAAGAAAGAGAUGUACUUUAAGGGGAAUAAACUGAAUUAACACUAAAUCUUUGAAAAGAGCAAACCCUUCACACUACUCUUCCUUUAGCUUCACAAUUCUUUAGAUUUAGGUUAUAUAUUUUAUUUCAGUCAUAAUACAAAAUAAACAGAAAAGAACAAGGCAGGUAAGACAUAUGUACAUAUAAAUAUACGGUUUACAUCGUUGUUUGACAGAAAAGGUUUAGGGCUGGAGCCGAAGCUUAUUUAGACAAACUCCCAAUGUUUUGGUCCCACUUAGCUCAGAAAUAGUGAAGCUGAAUAAGAAUAGUGAGCAGGAUUUUAUUACACCAUGUGCACCUUCCUCCUGAGAUAGUUAGAUGUCAAGCCAGCACUUUCUAAAAUGCAUCUAAAAGAAUUACACAUUGAGCUGGAAGGAAGCGGAGAAUGAACAAUCCUACAAACUUUCACUCCAAUUUGCACUCUCAAUUUUUUCCAUCAGAAAAAUCAACAACAUUGGACUGAAAUCCUGUUUGAAGUCCAAGUCACAGGACAGGUCUUCAUGUCUGAACAUGUUGGGUCUGUGUUUUGCACAUUUCUCCAUGUUUGUUUUUGUAGUUCAUUAAUGUGUGGGUCAUGUUCUCCACACAUCCUGUUGUGUUUGUGAAUGUAUGUGUGUGUUUGACAAGAAUAAUGUGCUGUCCUCUGUGUUUGUUGCUCUGGUAUCACAUCAGUACGUCCUCUGGGUGUCAGUGUUUGUAAGCAGGAGAUUUAUAAAGGAAUUGGACCUCUGUAUUGAGUGUGUGUGUUCUGGUGUGGUCUAUAUAUGUAAACCUAUCUGAGCACAGCACAGGGAAAUUUCAGCCCAGGUAUUGAUUUGGUCCGGACCGUGUUUCAGGGUCACUGUGAUGUCAGCGUUUGUGUUAUUAUUGCUGUUUUUGUCUGCAGCUUUUGAUUCAACACAACAAGACGACACCGAAGCCCAUUGAUCCUAAUGGGAAGAUGACCUGCUGCAUAUCAAAAUAACAGCAUAUGGCAAGAAAGAGUUGACUUUUACAAAUAGUAUAGAAGGGAAGAUAAAACACAGAACUUCUGAUGAGAAAAAAAAAACACAUUCCUGAUGCAUAAAACAAUAGAAAAUGAAUAAAUGAACAAACGCAUUACGCUCUAUGUAUGAGUAUACUAACUGUAUGCAGAGGUUCUGUGGCUGUGUUGUGAUGCAUACAGUAUGUUACUGUAACUGUGCAGCUCUCUGGCUCUAUUAAUGUAACAUUAUGGUUUCAAAUGAACAUGAAAUCAUCCUCAGGUAACAAUCAUUUAAUAGUAUUUUUCAGCACUUAUCAAUAUUUCAAAGGCUGUACGGCAGAUCUCUGAGGUUAGCUUUGCUGAAUAAGUUAGCCUUCAGAUCAAGAGAGUCAGUUUCAUGACACAGAAAUCGCUGACUGUGCAAUUCACCCCUCAACCUUUUCUUUGGAUUUUAUGUUGCUCUUGACUAAGGCUAUAAAGUCCUAGUCGUCCGGUCGACUUAUUUGUCGAUAUGUGCUGAGUCGACCAAAAUUCUGAUUUGUCGACUUGAUUUUUUCCCCGCGUCAAUUUACAGUCUAUGGUUAAUUUCAUCAGGAGGAAUGUACCAAGUGCUAAUGGGGUUGUUUUCAGAGCACCCCUCUUGUUUUCACCAUUUUGGAUUCGCCUAACCCACUGGAGACCGUCUGGAAACAAGAAGACAAGACAACGUGAAAUCACUGUCCAGUGGUUUGCUGAAUAAAAUAUUAAUUGAUAUUAAUUGCCGUCUUGUGCUGAUAUUAGUAUAUUUUCACACAGCCGAGCCGAGUUGUCCCCCGCCGCAGAAGGGUUUGCCAUUAGAGUCGGGAACCCCCACCCCUCGGUUGUCAAUUUUUGGUCGAAAAUUCCAGGGGUUUAUGUCGACCAAGAAUAUCUUUGGUCGAUUACUGCCCUACACUUGACCCUAAACACCAACAGUGCUUGCAGUCUUUUCGGUUCUUCAUGCUGUAUUUUGUCACAAUGAUUGAACAUUCACUCGCAGUGAGGCGUUUCCUCAUCCCAGCUCAUGGAUUCAAAGGCACAACGUACACAAACAGAAUGGAAGACGAUAAUGCACAAGCCAAUUAUAGCAAAACCAAAAAAAAUUAGAAAAAAACAACAAUUUUGUGGAUGUUUAUUAAACGAUUCAACCUUGAGAAUUGGUGUAUCUUAAAUGGACAUAUUACCCUGGUGCUGAGCAAGAAAACACUGAUUGUAUACAUCAGGUCAUUUCCUUAUGUGUGUGUUGAAUUCAGGUUGGGAUAUUAGCCAAUUUGCAAUUUCAUACUGACUAACCUUUAUGAAAAGGUCUCGUCCCCUCGCCAUGGCAACAAAGUAAUUCAAGCAUAAAGAUGUGAAGGAACAGCCACGACACAGUAUAUUUAAAUGUUGAUGUUUCUGUAUGAGCACUGACACAGAAAUACAGCUGAUGGAAAUAAUGACAGUUUGAUAUUCACAGUGUCAUAAAGCAAACACCUGGACGAGGAUGUUUUGAGCUGAUGGUGGCGACAGAUGAACAGUUUGAGGAUUAACAAGAAGUCUUUAUAAUAUUAAUAAAGUUUUACAACAAUCCAUAAUAAUUAUUUAGACUAAAACAAAUGUUGUGAAAUGGUUUUGUAAAUUGUUAAAUAUCCAGUCCUGUUGCCUCUUCAUCCAGAUCUACUCCUGUUUGCUCUUGUUCCUUAUAUCGGUGCUGUAAACACUCAGUCUUAAUAACAGUGCUGUAGACUUAUUAAGAGGUCAUUCUGCGGGUAGAAAGAGUCAAAUUCACAUCUAAGUAGCUUUGAUUUUUGUACUUUUUGCAUUUUUUUUGGCCUGCACUUAUAUUGGUAUUGCUGGUAUAGGAUGUUGAAAGUCAUUCAAGAAUACAGACUGAAUAUUGUUGAUAAGUUCAGUGAGACAAAUAGGCCACCUCCCAAAGAUCGGCUCCAUGUCCGGCUGAUAGAUUCUUGCAUCAAUAGCAGAAGCGGCCCGUCUGAGGCUUGUUCUUACAUGUCUCCUUUUAUGCCUGCAAACUGAUAUCUGCGUCAGAGAGCAAAAUCUGAAGGAGAGGGAAAAGAUUUUUGGUGUCAAGAAGGUUUUGUUUCUGUUUGGGGUCUGAUUAUUGUUGUCCAAGUGUGUUUCAGUGAGCUGAAAACAGACUUCUGCACACACAGCCUAUCUCAACACAUCGAACUCUCCAUGGUGAUAACAGUGGUGUGAAAAAGGGAUUCUUGGCUGUGAUAUCCAGAUAACCACUGCUGCACCAGAACUCUAGAGAGACUCGUCUUCUCACUUUCCUGUUUUAUUCCUCUUUCACCGAUGUUAAAGGAUUGUUCCUCGCUCUUUCUCUCAGACUCAUCCACUUUCUCUGUCUGCCUGUCUGUGUUCAUGUCUCUCACCCUGUCUAUCUGUCCUCUAAACUCUCUCUCUCCUCCCGUCUGUGUGCCUCAACCUCUCAGUCCAUCCAUCUGUUUUCCUCCUCGUGUCUUCCUCUCCCUCCCUCCCUCCCUGCCUGUCGCUCUGUCACUCAGUUUCAUUUCAGCAGCCCGUCCUCCCUCUAUCGUCUCUCUCUCUCUCUCUCUCGUCUCUCUGUGUCUGUCUCACCCGGUUGUUGCUGUGGGUCUCUGUCAGGAUUACACGGCGUCAGGUUGGCCAACAUGGACGUCGGUGGUGGGGAAACAAAAUGUUCUUCUGAGCACAAAGCCGCUUUAAUCCGCUCUCCUCAUCCCCCACAGCACAGCCUGAUUACAGAGAGCUGGUCGGCAGGCAUUAAGACAAACUGUGAGGCAGAACGGCUGAUCGACUGACAGUGCAGUCUGGAGUGAGUUUAUUGGCUUGUUGGCUGACUGACUAAUUGGCCUACUAACUGGCUAAGUGACCCUUUAACUUACCUCAUUGCAGGCUAGCUCAUGGGCCCUCAGCCGUCACACUGUCCAGGUGAUUGUCAAAGUAAAAGCUUGAUUGACUCCCUUUGGACUGAUUCAGUGAGUCACUAAUUUAAUGACUCUCUCAGGAGUUGAUAAAAAAUUGGAUCCUUAUAUCCAAGUUUUUACUUUACCUACUGUAUGUUUAUGAGGUUGUGUCACAAUGAAGAGCUGCCCACGGCUUGACUUCCACACUUUGCUCAUUAACACAAUGAAUCCCUGCAGGUGAUGACAAUGUGACGAAACAGCGUGAAACAGCAGUGGCUGUGUCUCUCUGUGUGCUCUGAUCUUGAUCAGAAAUUGAAUUGACACUUGGUGCUACUGCACAGUGUGAGAAGAUAUUGAUUAAAUUACUAACUCUGUGCUCUGCAAUUUUUUUAACCUCUUGGUAUGAUGACAUUGAGCCCCAAAGUCCACCCUUGGUUGGUGUACCAGAGUUGUAUGAAUGGAUCACACAGCGGCCUCUGUGUAUGAAUGUGGCAUGGAUGGGUUAAUGUGACAAGUCAUGAAAAAGUGCUUUGAGUGGUCAGAAGAAGUGGGAGUGCCACACACAUUCAGUUCUGCACACACACAGACAGCUGUCCUAACCCGUCUGCUCAGGUCCCGCACAUCUCCCCAUUCCACCGUUACUACCUACAGAAGAACCACUUAGAGUGAUCAGAAGACUCGAGGUAGUGCCACAAAGCCCCUUUACUCAUGACCAUUUUUAUCUUUUGGAAAGGGCUCACCACUUUUAGAAUUAGGGGUGUUCCGAUACAACUUUUUGACUUCUCAUACGAUACUGAUACUGUAGCCUUCAAUAUUGACCAAUACCGAUAUUGAUCCAAUAUUGAAGUUUUUCACUCAGCUGCAAUGUACUGACACCCAGCUUUUCACUCUUACUUCUUGGUACUUGUUAGUACCUUAGCACACACUGUUGUUGUGAUUUUGUGGGCUCAGAUAAGGGCGCUGCUAGAUAGAGGUGCCGGAGCGGAGUCUGGAAUGGACUGUUUGUAUCAGAGUGCUGAUAUCAGAGAUGUUAGAUACAGGUCGAUAUAAUCCAAUACAUAUUUUUUGCUGAUAUAAGACCGAUAUCCGAUAUCAAUAUAUUGGGACACCCCGAAUUAGAAUAUGCAGAUUUUACUGAUUUAAUGAUGUGGGUCUGUGAAUGGAUUGGUAUAUGAUGAAAUCAUAGGAAAUCGGUCUUCAGUUCAGCCUCUCUCCACCUGCAUUGUCAGUUUCCCCCGUCUCCAAAUGUACAGUUUAAAUGCAUGAUUCCGAGUUUCCCUACUGUUGUGCACACCCCUCAAGUUUGUUUGCACACAACAAGUUUCGAUCACAAGAAGGGUGGCGUACAGCACAUUCAGGCCCUUUUUUGUGCAAAUGCAACACUUUUAUAUGGAGGAAUUUUGACUUUUCACUUUUCACUCAAAACCUUUAGAUAUGCCCGUCACCCUAGAGGCUGAAUCAGAUUACCAAAAUGCUUAAGGAAAUUCGCUUGUUCUUGUGAAGUGAUGUUUUGUUGUUUACAUGCAAAAUCUAGCAGUAGGAUUGUUUUGCUCAGUUGUUCCCCAUGUGGAUUAUUCAUGGUCAUUUGUGAAAAAAAAAAAAAAAAACUGUCUGCGUGACCAAUUUCAUCUUCAUUUCAUUUUUUGCACCUUUGACUGAUGUGGUUACAAUUAAUUAAUGGUGAAUCAACUAAUUAAUUGUCUGACUUUACUUGUAAGGUGACUAUGAUCAUCUAAAUGAUGCUGUUUUUGUUUCUCUGUUUUCUCAUUUCAGCCUUAACUGCCUACACAUACCUCACUAUCUUCGACCUUUUUAGGUAAGUGUGUUCCACCAUAACUGAGAUACUAACUGAGCGACACUUUACCUCCCGCUGAUUCUCUGCUGCUGUUUCUGAUUCUGUUGCUUUUCACUCAUCUCCCCACCCCUCUUCUCUCCUCUGCUCUUCCAGUUUGAUCACCUGUCUCAUCAGUUCCUGGGUGACUAUGAAGAAACCCAGUCAGGUCUACUCCUUUGGGUGAGUUUUGGGCUAUGAUCUGCACAUUACAAGCACACUGACCAGUCUUAGAAAAUAUUGGUGGGCUGUUCCCUGAAUGCUCUUGCAAUUAAUAAUCAUUUAAUUGUGGGAAGCUAUUUUACCUGGAAUAUGGUGUGACAAUGUAUCACUAAAAUAUCAUGGUUAUGUGCCAUCAUGACCACCAGGGCAGUCCCAACUCUCACAACUUUCAGCUGAACUGGCAGCCUAUGCAGCUUGCAGGACUUCAAACUGAAUGAUUGUACUGCAAAGAGCUCUAUAGCACUACAGAAACUUCACUACACUUUGCUGAAUGUAAUUAAAACGGUGAUGUGGGGCUGUCAACGAAUAUUCUAAAUUCGAAUAUAUAUUGGAAUAUAUAUAUAUUUUUUAAAAAAAGAUUUGAAUGUGAAAAUUGAUAUACAAAUAUUAGAUAAACAGCUGGGAAAAACUGAGGGAGAAAAAGAAAAACUGACAGAAAAAAAAAAAAAACUUUGGCUGCUUUGCGGGUGAGCGCACUGUAACAAUGGGUCAGGGACAGGUCACAGAAACAGCACCUGCAGUGAGACUCGACAAAAGCCGUCCAUGGCACAAGGAGAGAUGGCGGGAUGUUCGGAGCCAAACUCUGAGAGAGUGGUCUGGACUCCAACAACUUUUAGAAGCUCUAUUUUGAGCAGACACAGUAGACAGAAAAAAAUUCUGAGUGAGAUAAAGUUAUAUGCAAGCUGUGUAAGCUAGAAUUAGCUUAUCGUCCCACCACUAGCAACCUGAAGAAACAUCUUUAAAAUGUGCCCUUAAAUGAGCAUGCCAUGAUGUCUGGAACUCCAGCUAAACAGCCACGUCUCGACUGCAGGUUAAUUUUGUAAUGUCCUAGGAAUUCUCAAAGAUGUUAUAACUGAAAUAAAAAUAAGAAAUACCUAUACAAGUAGUUAUGUCUUGUAUUACUUUGUCCUCCUGUUGGCAUAGGGCGCAAAUAUAAAUAAUUGAAAAUGUUUGAACCUAUGUGUUAUUCUUGGAACGAAUAUUUGAACGUCAUUUUUGAGCAAUUUUGACAGCCCUACUGUGAUGCAGGUGGCCAGUUUAAUGUCAACAAGAAAAUUAUUUCUCACUGCACCCAACCAAGUAAGGAUGGCCCAGUCAAUACUUGUUCAUUUGGAUGUGUGUUGACGUAGAGUUGAAAUAAUUUGGUCAUGUUAUGCCGUAGAGUUAUUAUUGUAUCUGCUCUCAAAUCUUCUGGUAGACUUUUGUGUUUUCACCUCUCCUGCUCAAAGAGACAAAAAGUAUUGCCUCACUCAAUGUUUGUUUGUUUGUUUGUUUGUUUUUGCGUGCGUGUGUUGGUGAAAUGGCUGAUGGGUGAUCAAGUGGAAAUCUGCUUGUAAGCUUCACUUAGCCCCCAUAAUACCUUUGUUUGUUGGUGUUUGUCCGUGUUAAUUGCCUGCCAGGAACACAACAACAGUGCAGAUUGUUCAGUGAUUUUUAUAGCUGCAGCUUCCAACUCAUUUCCAACCCGGAAAGAAGUGAGUGAGAUUGCCCAGGAAUUAGCUGGAUCCAUUUCACUCUUCUUUUAUUAAUGUUAAAUGUCUUCAGUUAUUUAAUUUGGCCUGAUGAGGUUUGAUGAAUGAAUCUUUUAUGCUCUGCAUGAGUUACUAGAGUUAAAAGUAGGUAAUAAAUGAGGCAUAAAGCAUUAGGAGGCUGAGGUCUCUUUUUUUAAUGCAAAGUUUGUUCAGAGUAGUGUUCACAAAUCUCUGGACUCCACAAGCUUGUCCUAAGUAGCUUGUUGUAACUUGAAAAUAUGUCUUAUCAGUAGGACAUGAAUGUUUCAUAAGGGUGGGAGAAAAAAUCGAUACAGCAUAAUAUCGCAGCAUUUUGUCUGGUGAUAUACCUUAUCGUCUCAUUUGCCAAUAAUCGUUUUUUUUUUUUUUUUAAUUAAAUGUUAAUAUGAAGUCAAAUCUAUGAUAAUGGAAAAAUAAAAUCAGCUGUUUGUCCAGUGAGGUUGGCAGAGAUGACAUUAUAGAGCAGGAGAUAGUUAAUGGAACAAAUAUAGCAGCACCUGGGGAAAGACAUUAGGAAUUCAGCAGGGCACUAAUGAGAUGGACCUGACAUAUAAGGUUUGAAAGAUGUGUUGGAUGAAAAUAAAAUACUGUGUAAAUAAGACAAGCUGAAAGAAAAGACAAAUGCUAAAUUAGCUAAAAAGUUAAAAUAAUUGUAUAAGUCGCAAUAUGUUGUAUCGUAAUGCUCACUGUAUUGCAAAAUGUUAUAAAUCACAAUAGUAUCGUAUCGUAGCCCAAGUAUCGUGAUAAUAUCGUAUCGCGGCCUAAGUAUCGUGAUAAUAUCGUAUUGCGGCCCAAGUAUCGUGAUAAUAUGGUAUCGUGGCCCAAGUAUCGUGAUAAUAUUGUAUCGUGGCCCAAGUAUCGUGAUAAUAUCGUAUCGUGGCCCAAGUAUCGUGAUAAUAUCGUAUCGUGGGGCCACUAGUGAUUCCCACCCCUAAUGUUUCAUGGGAUGUUAUUUAACGAGAAACUGUAGUUUUAUUGCUCUUUUCUAAAGACAACAGACUGCAAAAGCAAAAGUAGUGAUACAGUAUAUUUGAGGAAUGGGAGUUGGUGGGCCUUAUCUGCCUGUACAGGUCAGAGUCUGAGUUCUGAUCCAACACAAUAAUUCCACAACAAUCAAAGCAAACAGUAUUUAUGCGUGUUUAUGGACCACCCUCACUCUGCCAGCGUAUGCUCGUGUCAGCAGCCAGCAGACGGCAGGUUUUCUCUGUGGCGCCCACUUAGAUUAACCACAGGCUGUUUGUAGUGCAGAGCUUGACCUUCGACCCAGCAGCAUAGAGGCGAUCAGGCCAAACAGCGGGCACUAAGUGUUCGAAGAGAGAGGGAGUGUGUGUGAGUGACACAAGCUUGUUAAGACAUAGUCCCUUUCUCCUUGGUGUGUGUGUACGUGUGACUUAAGAGAGACUGUUUGACCAACCAGUGACCCAAUGAGCGGACACCUAUGGGUUAAUAGGUUGUCUAUGUUUACUAGGGAUAGAGGCUGGACCCACACACACACUCACACACUCCCUAUAGUGGUAUGUUUUAAACCUAACACAGAUUUGUAUUGGCUGAUGGGUGGUGCAAGAGUUAGUGAUGAAUAUCAUGGUUUUAUUUAAGUCUUUUAUAACAGUUACUGUUUUGGAAUAAUUUGGUACUUCUGCAUGUAAAUAUCAGACGAAACAAUUGUACGAGGACUGUGGUAGUUGUGGAGUAACUACGCAUUUUAUUAAAUAAAGGUAGCUACACACACACAAUCUGAAUUGAAGGACUGAGAUGGGGCUGACACAAAACAAUAACCGCAUAAUUUAGAUCACUUUGAAUGCAAAUAAUCUAAAAGAUCAACCAAAAGAGAAACUUCUGCUUUUCUCUUGCACAAAGAAAACCGAUUGAUACCCUGAGCUCUGAACAUGUAGAUCUACAUGGUGCACUUCAUUCAAAAAAAACAACUCAUGUAUCCUCCCUCCCACUCCCCUCACCCUCUGCAUGUAUGUGGUGAUGUGUCAUGCAUGAAUUUAUAAUGCACUUCAUUGAACUUGCACAAUAGCUCUUAGUUUCGAGGUUUAUAGCUUCUGCAGAGAAGCUGGGCAUGAGAUCACUGACAGUCAGCAUUAGGUUUAACCCCAAUGAGCUCGGCGGACCGCUCACUGAGACAAAGCGGCUCAUCCUGGACAGACUGCAACAGGAUCGACCCCCUGACCUUGUGAUGAGGUCAGGAGGUCGGCAACAGUUGCAACUGUAGGUUGUUCCUGUUGAUAAUUUCUGCUUGUUAUUUUAUGGGACAGAGUUUAAACUCGUGAACGAGUUUUAAGAGGAAAGUGAAAGGCGGGAAGGAGCCUCCUUACUCAAGCUGGUUAAUAAAUAUGUAAUUGUGUCAAAAUAAAAAUCAGCACCUGAUUGUGUGCUUGGAAAAAAAGCUUCCUUGAAUGAAAGAUGUUAGAAUCAAGAUAGAUCUCAGCAUGCAGGCUCAGUCUGUCAGAAGUAGUUGACAUCUAGGUUUUGAUUGUAGAAAUUGUCUCAUUGUGACUGUAGCAUGUGACUCAACGCCUUUGUAUAUAAGGAAUGAAUGGAGUUAAGGAAAUGACAGGUCGUUCAAGUUGGCAAUACCACCAUCAUGACUUUAUCAGUGGGGUCACUAAAUGAAAAUGUGGUCCGCUGUGAAAUAUCCUCCUGUAAAGACCGUCUCUUAUUAUUUUUUUUUACCUCUCUUUCUUUCUUCUUUCCUCCAGGUUCGAAAGACUGGAGGUUCUGGCUGUUUUUGCCUCCACUGUUCUCGUCCAACUGGGAGCCUUGUUCAUCCUGAAGGAGAGGUGUGUGUUCCCCCUCACUCACACCUUCACUCACUGAAAUACUUGUUCAUACUCGCUUAAAGCACUUAAACAAUCUUGAGACAAUAAGCACAACAUCUCUCUUCUGGUCUGAGUUUUUUCAGAGGUGUAGUCAGCGAUCUGAGCCAGAUUAAGAUCCCAUGCCACUAUCUUUGUGCGUGUCCUUGUUUUGAGUCUUUGUCUCUGUCUGUCUCUUUGGAUUAAAAUUUCAAUUAUUGCAGCAUGACUCAGCACAAUCACUGAAUUACUAUCUCCCGCGGGAUACACAAAAUGUUUCCAGUCAUUUUUCUCUCUUGUAUUUGUUUUUGUCCCUGCCAAAUAAUUUCACCAGAUCUUCUAGUCUCGACUCAGGGUGCAUAUUUUUUUUCCUCCUUCCUGGCUGUGCUUUGGCUUUUCCUGAAAACAAUGAAAAAAAAUGCAGUAAUUGCACCCCAGGCUAUUCAAACUACAUCUGCAUGGUUUUUUUAUGUUAUAACAAAAGCUGUAAUUACCACAACUCUGAGAAUGAACAACACUCUUUAGUCAAGGGUCCUGUUUUUGAAAACAGCUCUGUAGUAAGUGAAAAGUUUUCGAGCCGAACAUGUUGCUUUAUCUUAAGUCUGCAUCAUGUCUGAGCAGUGUAUGGCUUUUUUUACGGCAACUGGCCCAUUAAUAUAUAGGUGAAAGGUUGCCAUGUCAUGUUUACCCAUGCUUUUUAUAUCAUGUAAAGAAAAAAACAAAAUGUAAGCAAUAAUGUCACCCUGCUGUUAUAUACAGUAUUAUAUAUUUUAUGUAUUCCUACAGUAAACAUAUGAAAGGACAGCUGAGAUAAUAACCUGAUACGACCAAAAGUUCUCAGUAAUUUGGUUCAUUCAUGUGUGUCUGCGGAAAUCUGUUAUGUCUGUCACCAUCUGAGAACACACUUUUUUGUUUAAAGGGAUGGCCAUGGAUUUACUCUUAAAGGGAUGGAGUAUUAGUGAGCGUGUGUGUGUGUGUGCGUGCGCAUGUGUGUGUGAGAACUUUUGAAUUUUUUAGGGCUGUGGGAAAGUCACUGCCUGGCUGUGUCAGUCUUUCUUACACACACUCGAACACAUGCACACACACAGCUACCUCCAGGCGUCCUGUGUGGGGUUGUCUUGCGGUCAGUUCUCAGGGAAAGGAGGGGUAUUUCCAAUAUUACAAUGUGCGCAUGCACACACACACACACACACUUACACACAAUAUCACACAAAUGCAGGUCAAGCAGCUGGCACGUUGCCUGUUCACACUUUCAUGUGCAGAUGAAUGUGUGUGCUUGGCUGCUGGACUCAAACUUUGCCGACACUGUAUUGAACAAAGUGACAGGGAUGUGUUUAUACAACUUCAUGAAAAAGACAAAUUCACACUUGUUUCUAAUAUUUGGUGGCUUCAAAAUAGUCAAAAAUAUUCAAUAUCAUCAGAUUAAAAAAGAAAUUCAAAGUACAUCAGAAUGUUGGUAAAUGAAGCAAAGAUAGUGGAGUGCCAGACUCAGUUUUUCUUGACAUGACUGUAAGUGUGAGUUAUUCGAAGUGAAUUUUUUUUACCUCAAUUUGUAAAUAUCAGUUUAACAAAGCAAUGAACUGGUAUUUGAUUUAUAGCAAAACAUGUAGAAUACAGAAAAAUAGCUCAGAUGUUCAUUUCCAUGUUCAUGGCUGUAGUCCCCAAAGCUGUCAGCCCAGCUUUAUUUCCAACCUGCUGUCCUUUACGUAAAGAGAUAUUCCGGCGUAAAACUAAGUUAGGGUCAAAUACACCGUAACACUGAGUUAGACACCCCCUCAAAAGAUGAAUGUUGCCAACUGUUUGCUUUACUAGUUAUACCAACUUUAGUAACAACCGCACAAUAGCAAUACACUGCAGUCUGAGGAGCCAUAAACAAACCUCAACCAAAAAGCCACUCUAAAACCACAAAUAAUGCUCAGAACAGCACCUAACUUCAUCAACAGUACAGUACAACUCACCCACUCUCCUCCGGCAGCCUUUUUUUUGUAGGCGGAGCUUGGACGAGUUGUUCACCAAGUGUAGCGGAGUUUCGCAGCUCAAGAAAGAACAUUUAUGAUCAUUACUUCAUGGAAAUGCAAUCUGACCAAGACGUUAAGGCAGAAGAACUACCGCGUCUGCAGUAAAAAAUGAUUGAUAUGAUGAUUAUUCAAGGAAGUGAUCUGCAGAUUUGUGCUCCCACAACAAGAAUGUGUUUCUGUUUCCUUGCAUACUUUUCACACUUUGACUGUUGUUACGAUUAACAAUUGUCAAAAUGGGAGUCAAACUAAAAGUUUUGUGAAACCUGAAAAGCUUACAAAGGAACUCCAGAUGAGAAAAGGCAGAAAUUUGUCUCCUUGCUGUGUUUUCUGUUAAAUCUUUUCAGGUGGCAAGAAAAGACACUCAUACAAAAAAAAACAAAUACACACAAGUUUUGAAUGGCUCAGUAGGGCAGCACAGAAGCACAGAAGGAGAAAGACUGUGUGUAUGUGUUUAUGUGUGUGUCUGUGUGUGUUUGAAUAUCUUUUAGAACAUGUCCUGUUUUCUUUGUGUUUGUUCACCCCUUGUCUCUUCUUGCCUGUUUCAACUUGUCUAGAACCCUCUCUCUCUCUCUCUCCACUUCCAGUACACACACACACACACACACACACACACACACACACACACACACACACACACACACACACACACACACACGCACGCACACACUCACAGUGAGAGUAGUCCCACCUGGCCACUGUUGUUGACUGUGUUUGUGUCUGUUUUGUCAGUGUGGAGCGCUUCAUGGAGCAGCCUGAGGUCCACACGUAAGUAUUAGCCUUCAACAAACACACACACACGCACACACUUAAACAGACAAACAAACAAAAAAAAAAUCCCCUUCUGCAUCCUAAAAUAAAACAGACACAACAUGAGUCAGUCUCACACACACACACACACACACAUGCGUGAUGCCAGCUGUUGUCUUAACAGAACAUCCCAAAGGUGUGGGUCAGACAGACAGACAGACGGACAGAUGGAGAAAGUGACGAAAUGAUUCAGUCAGAGCUUCUGAGAAUCAGAGGACUGACACCGUUCACCGUCUCCUACCAUGACAGUGAGAACUUGUGUCCACACCAGCAGAGAUAAUUAGCUGACUGACUGGCCAAAUCCUCUCAUCAGCACCAGCAGCAAACACGUAACAAACAAAACACAACCAAAAAUCUAAGGGUAAAAAAAGUGUACAUAGUCAUAUAACAGGUAAAGGGUUUUUCUGGCUUAAAAUGAGGCAGAGGUGAUAACUAUCUUAUCCUUUGCUCACACAUAAAUGGACUCAAAUGGACACUUAAAGACCUGCAGUUGUUUGCACUUCCUCCUUUCCACCCUUUACAUCCAUCACCAGCAGUUGCAGCUCACUUUUCUUUGCCUUUGUCAGUUUUGACAUCAUCUUUACUCGUGCAUUGGACUGGUUGCAAUUAUUGCCACCACAUUUGUACUGUCAAUUAGAUAUGACAAAUUCCCUAAGCACUGUCCCAGUUAGAAAGCCGUAUCCCUCUUUUAAACAGUCCAACAGGCUGUUACCCAAAACUGGGGUGGUGUCUAAUUUAAGUGGGACCACAGUUUCCUAAUUUUCAAAACAGAAAAAACAAAUCUGAGUUGACAGAAGUGUGUCUUUUACUUAUUAGUGUUCAUUCUGACUUGAUACUGUGUGUGUCCACACAGCAUGAGAGAGUGUACAGAUGGCAGCACAGACAGAGGUGGGCACAGUUAAUCCAAAAUUUAGCUCUGUUAACAGUUAAUCCAUUAACACAGAUGUUAUCUUUGAUUACAGUUAAUCCAUUAAUUCUGUUCAAAGUUACUUUGUAUCCAUUAGGAUCCACAGAUUACCUCAAGAGUACAGACGCUAUUUGAUCUUGUUGUCUGUGAUCCAUCUUCCUAUUUAAAAGCAGGGUUUGGAUCCUUCUUCUUUCACAGAUAGAUGACCUCUAAUGCCCCUAUUGAUAGGACUACAGGCUGUUUUUAAUGAUCCAGAUCAUUUAGCUCAGCAAAAAAUGGCUCUUUCAGCUCCCAAAUGGCUCUCAGUACCAACCAGCUUGUUUUUGGGGGCCAAGUGAUUUGCAGCUGAUACAUCACUAGAUACUACCCAUGCUCCGAAGCAAAAAUAAUGACUUAAAAAACGAAAAAACAGAAUUGAACGGAAAUGAAAGGUUUCAUAAUCGGUUUUAAAUAAAUGACGGUGUAAAGAUAAGUAAAAGAUUUAACACUGAUAAUUUACAGUGGGCACACACAGGCGUGUGCCCAGGUCUGCAGACUGAUAAGUUAAGUCUGUAAAAAGUCAACAAAAUGAGCAAAAUAGAGUGAUGAAUCAGUCAGCUGAUGAAUGGCAUUCUGAUGUAAUUAUCAUCAUAUUGGCAUCGGCCUUCACAAGGCCAAUAUCACCAUUGCCUUUUCCAAGUGAAAUCCUCAUUAACUUCAGAACUCUUCGUUUACGCUCAAAGAAACAACAGAUCCUGAAAGUAAAAAAGGCAGAAACCAAAAACAAAGGAGAUUCAUUUGAAUGGUGACUAAGAUAAAUAAUCAUUUAGAUGUGUUGAAUUGUGUUUUUUUCUAUCAUCUCACUGAUAAAGUGAUCAAAUAUUUUGAAUGAUUUGAUCCUAUAGCCUUCUAGCAUAUAUAACCUGCAAACACAAUGAAAUGGUACUUGUCUGCAGAGAAGUAUUGAAUGGGAGAAUAUCCUAUUAUGUUUUUUUAAUAUUUCCUUCAGAUGAAUCCCUUAAAUAUUUCAGAGUGUUAGAGUAACCUUUUACAAUAAUAAAAAAAAAGUAUUUAUUCUUGAAUCACACCUUGUCUCUUUCUCUGUCUUUCAUUGAUCUUUUUUACUCCUUUUGUCGGGUGACAUCAGUUAAGAGAUAACACAAGCUCUACCGCCUCUCCAUCUCUUCCUCUCUCUCUCUCACUCCAUCAUCUCUCCAUAAUAAAACAGAUUAGUGGCGGCUUUUAUAACCUUAAACACAGCAAGACUUAAACCUGUCUCCUGUGACGAGAUUACCCCCCCGUUUCUCUCCCCUCUUCCCCCCUCUCUUCACUCCCCUGCUCUCUCUGGCUCUCUUCUGCUCUGAAUGGAUGUGAUUGGAUGGCUUGUGAGACAGACGCUAACCAGAGGGACAGGUGUCUGCUGGGUGGAGAGAGGCACACACACAUUCUCCCUCUCUUUAAUCUGUUCUUACAGGGAGGUGGGGGAUCGGGUGGAGGGGUGUCAUCCAGUUAUUGUGGCUCACUGUCGGGCAGCCCUUCACCUCCUGCUGAUUGUUUGGAACAAUUUUUAGGCUCUUAAAUGGAUUGUCUCAUGUGAUUAGUGUAUUGAAGAGUUCAGCUGGAUGUGUGUGUGUGGGUGUGUGUGUAAAUGCAUGUGUGUAUUUUUUUGCCUGCAAGUCCUCAGAUCCUCCCUAAAUGUCUGUUAGGUUUGUUUAAAAGUUAAUAAGGUAAUUCAUUGUGCAUUUUUCAUCUUUUACUCGAUUUCAAAGUAUUUGAAAAUACUGACAAAACGUUCAUGUGAAGACCAUAUUUCAUUCAGUACGUUUACAUGACACUCGAGAAAACCAAAUUACUGCCUUACUCUGAUUAAGACCACACAACUGAAGUGCAUGCAAACUCCUUAGUUCAACUAUAAUUGGAGUUUGAGAACUCUGAUUGGAGUCAGAGAACUCCGAUUAAGACACCCAGAUAAUGUGAUUGGAAUUCGAUUUUCUUUACCAUGUAACUAGCGCAGUCGGAGUAUGAUUGGACAAUGCAUGUGCACGUGCACCACACUACUGUAACCCUGAAACAAAAACACCAGAGAAGAGGAGUAGCAUGCACCUGCUCUGCAGAAAAGGUAGCACGUACAUCAUGUACGACAAAAACAACGCUGUACGAUGCUCAAAAAUGCUCAGAAAUGCUCAGUAGCAGUUGUAGCCACUUCUGACGUCUGGCACGGACCUGCUGUUGUUGUUGACAGUUGUAUGGAGUCAGAAACAGCACAGCUGAAAAGACCCAUAUUGCCCCCUAGUUUUGGCGAAGAGGAUACGUUCACGUCAAUAAUCCUAUUUUCUCAGCUGCAUGUAUACAUGGACAAGGAGAGAAGUCUGAUUCUGUUAAAAAAGUGCGCAAGUGGUGGAUUCAGGGAGUGGAGAAAAAAAAAAGGAAACACUGUGAGCUUUUUUGGCUAUAAAUCCGUAUACUGGCGGAAGGCAGAACCAAGUUGUCCAUCGUAUAUACAGUCUAUGGUUUGGGAGAUAUUUAGGUCACGAGGUUGAAGAAUCAGAGGCGCAGCUGUCUUGACUGACAGGAGGGCACAUUGUUUAUGAGGAAGCUGUAGGCCCUCUUCCGUCAAGUACACCAAAAAUGAGGUUGAUUCAAGACAUUCUAACUGCUGCUGCGGCUGAAACACUCCUCUUUAGAGACAAAUGCAUGACAUCACUGAGACUACAUCUGUGUAUUAUCUAUGGUCAGCAGCGGGGGGUUGCGCUCCCUUAUUUAACCUUUAUUUAACCAGGUAAAAACCCGUUGAGAUCAAGAUCUCAUUUACAAGAGUGACCUAGCCAAGAAGUCGGCAGCACACAUCACAAUAAUAAAUAAUAAUAAAGAAGAAAAUGACCUCCAGAGACAUAAUCAAAAACACCCUUCCUUCAUACACAAAGCUACACUGCGUACAUACAUACAUAUGUAAUAUGCAUACUUCACUUCCCUCCUGUUUACAACUGCUUCCUCAAGAUGUCUCAUAACCUUUUUUAACUUCACCCCUACAAAACUGCUGAUGUUUUAAUAAAAAAAUUAAAAUGUGUUAAAAUGAUAACCUUGCAUUUCAACUACCCCUAGACUUAAGCUUUGGAGAAACCCUCAAAAUAAACAAGUUGUCAAACAGUCACAAACUCCUUUUUUUGUUUUAUAAAAGUUGACAUCAUAAUUACAUUGAAGUUAGGUCAGCGACAUCCAGACCUAAUUUCAACCUGUUAUCACUCUACUGUCAAUUAAAUCCUAAUAUUUAAAUAUUGUCUGGUUGUUACUGGGAACCAUUUACAACCAUGGUGUUGACAACAAAUGUAAGAAAUGUAAUCUAAUCUCAUAAUUAUUUGUUCCACCAGUUUACUGAAGCCUUUCAUCAUUUUUGAGUUCUGAAUCCUUUCCUACAGACUGAAAGAAGCUACAGGCAAACACAGCUGCACAUUUAUUGCUAUCAGAGCGUAGCAGCGGUUAUUUUCUGACAAGUCUGGUAGAAAGCUGAAAAGGUCAGCUAUUUGUUCCCUUUGACCUUCAAUGUAGAGAACAGACGAUUUUUAUUCCUGUAAUUUUAGGACAUUGCCAGGACCCUUAUUAUCAAGUUAGACAGAAUAUGGUUUUCUCUUGAAAUAUGAAAAACUAAUAAAGAUUUAUUUUGUCUAUGAUGAGAAACCAUGAGCUUUUCCAACCAUCAACUGCUUUUAGUACUCCAAAAAAUUCAAUUUUGGUUCCAGUCAGAUUUUUCUGUUCUUUUUCCUUCUUAUUGGCAGUAAACUGAGUAUCUUUGAAUAUCUGUAGACAAAAACAAAGGUAUUGCUGGGCCUUUUAAAAUGUGUGUCUACAUUUUCUUAUUCAUUUUUGACAUUACAGAUGAAGCAAAUCAUUUAUAUCUAAAAUUAUUGUUAGUAAGCUCCAUAGUUUUAGCUCAUUUAAAACAGACAGAUAUGUUAAUGCUGUAUACUAAAUGUUCAUGCAGUGUGUGAAGAUGUUUUUCAGUACGUUAACCCUCUUUGUGUCUCCUUGCAGUGGCCGGCUGUUGGUGGGGACCUUUGUCGCUCUCUUCUUCAAUCUGCUGACUCUGCUAUCCGUCAGAAAUAAACCCUUUGCUUACGUCUCUGAAGGUACAGUCACCCCCUCCCUGCUCUCCCAGUUCAAUCUUGUUCUUAUCUAAUUUUUUUAUUUUUUUAUAGGGGCAGGCUGGAUUAAGUUAUUUUUGUUUUCUGGGUUUUCUUCCCUGGUCAGUUGGGGUUUGGUAAUCCACAGUGUCACUAGGGAGCAACAACAAUUUGGCUUUUGUUAUAUUUUGGUGGAUUACUGAAGUGAAAUGAAAUGCUUGCUCACUGUUUUUGUUGGUACAAACAGUAAAUCACAGAAGGCAGCAGAGGGAUCAGAGGUUAGUCCUUUCCUGAUUGUAGAAAUCAGUGGGUUAUAAAACCAAAACACAGUUUGUUCAGAAAUUUGACAAUAUCAGUUUGUCAGAUUACCUUCUGAAGAUUACUCGGGGUUAUCCUGAACAGAGGAACAGGAAUGACGUGUGUUGACACUUAUCGGCUGCAUAUGAAGUGGAUUUAAAAGAGACAUGUCAAAUGUCACUACAGCUACACAAACAAUAAUAAUCUCUAUUUAGAGAUUCUAUGUGAAGGGUUGGACUCUGACAGUGGUAGGGGAGACUGGGUUUGGUUGUAACAUUUAAAAAAAAAAAUUUUUGCUACUUUUUCUUGUACUACAAAAAAAAAAAAGAAACAAUUCAAACCCCUAAAAGAGUAUUGUAAACAUAGAAAGAGAGAGUGUUCCUGAUUGGGGGAAAUGUUUACCUGCCCGUGUUUCAACCAUCCCUGGUCUCCCCUACUGUUCUGGUUUCUGCUGGUACAUCGCAAGCAGAGUUGCCUCAUCAUCAUGUAUCGGCAGGUUUGUGUGUUUGCAUGAAAAAUCUGUCCUCACAUCGACUGGCACCUUGGCUCUUUGUAGCUAACAAUCUGUUCAAGAUCUGAACCUUUAUCUUGACCCUAUGUCAGAAAAAGACUGUCAGUGUUUGGAUUUUAUUAGUUCCUGGAUGUCCCACCUUCAUUGAACAGACAUGCAUUUUUAUCCCGACUCAAGAACAGUCUUGACAAAGCUUGGAUUUUAACUUUUAGAAGUCUGUAUCAUAAUGCAGCUGUGGCAAAAUCAACAACAGUCAAUCUCAGGUGAAUGACUAAGAAAUGUUCCUUUUCAGUGAAGUCUGCCAGAGUAAAGCCUCUGUGUAACUGAGCAUCUACAGUGAAACUGAGACUCACCAGAACAGGCCCCCUCCAAAUAAUGUCAUGACCCAAGUAAAUGACAGUAUUUCUCUUGGGAGAUGUAUUUGACAGGGUCAUUUUGACCCCACUUUUGAUGGGGACAUUACUUAUCAAGUUACAAAUUUUGUGUCAAUUUUGUGUCAUAAUUGUCACUUGGAUGCAAAGAAGUCAUUUCUUAUUACAAACCAUCCAUCCAGUUAAGAAGACCUUGAACACAGACCACGUGAAUAGACUAUGUAUAAGAAAAUACCAAAAAUACUGAAAAUAACCAGGUGAGCUGUGUGUGCUGACUUACACAGCCAAAAUGUUGUGAACCCAAGGGAGCGACAAGUGAUGUAUCAAAAACAGCAAAACUAGGGCUGUGAGAUAAAUUGGUUAAAUUGAGUGGAUUGUAAAUAUGUAUUUGACUUCUGCGGCAUCUAUCUGACAUCAUUAUCAGCCACCUGAAAUGUAUGAAGUCUAAGGUCAGGUAAACCUCAGGGACAAAUCUCCUGAAGUUUUCUGGAAGUUCCCCUCAGUUCAUGCCUGAGAACAGCUGACCAAAGUUUUUUUCCCUCUACUAAGACACUGUGUCAUCCAAACGACCUCCUGUCCUCUCAGAUAUAGUUGAUGUAGAGAAGCGCAAAAGUACACGUACAUGUUCAGAGAAAACUACCAAGACAUCAACAUGGAAACUUAGGGUAAAAACACAUCGAACAAUUUUGAUGCAGUGGAGACACACAAGUAAAAGGUCACUCACACACACACACAUGUACACACACAGCUGAGUGGGAGGCCAUGUCAGGCCAGUGUCAACCUCAGGACAUAUUAACCUCACUGAGACCCUGUUUGCACAGACACACUGGAACAGAAUCUCCUCCAAUCCUCCUCUACUUUCUUUUUCUCCUGUCAUUGGUCCUCUCCUCCCUCUUCUCAGUGUUUUAGUUCCUAAUUUUUUUACUCAUUUUAGCCCUCUCCUCUUCUCUACUCAUUUUCUUUCCUCACUUAUUUUACCGUCUUUUCUCUGCUCUUGCCUACUUUCACAACCUCAUCUCCAUUUUCCAUGCAAGGUUUAUUCCUCUUCUCUUUCCCCUCUUUUACUCUGCUUCUUUUCCUCCCCUUAAAAGUUGCAUUUAUCUCUCCUCUCCUCUCUUCUCCUUUCCUUUCCUUUCCUUUCCUUUCCUUUUCUUUCCUCUCCUCUCCUCUCCUCCUUUCUCCUCUCUUCUCCUUUCCUUUCCUUUCCUUUCCUUUCCUUUCCCCUCCUCUCCUUUCUUCUUCUCUCCUUUCCUCUCCUCUCCUCUCCUCUCUUCUCCUUUCCUUUCCUCUUCUCUCCUUUAUUCUUCUCUCCUUUCCUCUCCUCUCCUCUUCUCUCCUCUCCUCUCAUUUCCUUUCCUUUCCUCUCCUCUCCUUUCUUCUUCUCUCCUUUCCUUUCCCCUCCUCUCCUCUCUUCUCCUCUCCUCUCAUCUCCUCUCUUCUCCUCUCCUCUCAUCUCCUCUCUUCUCCUCUCUUCUCCCCUCUCCUCUCCUCUCCUCUCCUCUCCCCUCCUCUCCUCUCCUGCAGCAUAGUCACUAUCUGUAUGAGCAGUCUACUGAUGAAUGAGGUCAGUGUGUGUUUGUGUGUGUGUUUGUGUUUGUGCGUGUGUGUGUGCGUGUGCGUCAGCUGUCUGCUGUUGUGUUCGGAACAGUCUCAACAUCACUUAACAUCUGACAUUUUUGGAUGGGAGGGGGAAUGAAACUACACACAAACACACACAGGCACUUUACGAUGUGAAAACACACAGUGUCUCUCAGUCAUUUCACACACACACACAAACACACACAUACACACUCUCUCUCUCUCUGACAGAGCGGGACUAAAAGUGCAUUAUGCAACCGUGUUCCAGACAGUGGUAAUGUAGUGUGCCAAAGGGCCGGGCAGAUGAGAAACAUGCAUGUACGUGCACACACCCACCCACGUACACACACACCCACACACACACAUUUAUAUGCACACACACAUUUUCAGAAACAUCGCACACUCUCCUUGUACACACAGAUCAUAAAUAAGUCACUCUAUUAAAAUGUUUGUUUAGACUGACUCACCCGCGUAGCAAAACAAACAACCCCCCUACACACACACACACACAUACACUCACACAAACACACUCAGGUCGUAGCAGGAUGUGAUUCAAAGGGCCUUUGACCUGGCGCUGUGCCUUCGGGCCUCAUAGUGUCUCCGAACAUUAAAGGUAGGACUGUGUGGCGAAGCGAGAACGCUUAUCUUUUUUAUAGCAGAGUGUGUGAUCCCUGGCCCCUCCCUCUUUUUUUUCCUCCCACCCCCAAAAGUAUUUUUAACCCAAAUCAGGACAGAAAAGAUGACUGCCCCCUGCUUGUAUCUGUUUGAACAGUUUAAUGCUGCAGUGUGUUUGACACCGUUUGAUGUAAAACUGUUGUGGAGCACACGCUGCCGAAACUUAUGGGACAGAGCUGGAGCAGAGAGAUUUGAAGUGAAACAGCUGUGUGUCUCCAUGUUUUAUGCAACAUUUAGCCAGAACAAUGUUUCUACUCUUGUUUCCAUCCAAACUGUAAGGCUCUCUUAUGCCUGCCUCACGUCAGACAAAAGGAAAGUCAUACUCCAAAGAACUUGGUUUCAUCUGACAUGAGCAUUUAAAAACACAAAAACAAGGUGUUUUAUAUACAUAUAAUGACAUGAGGGAGAUUUUUUUAAAUUUUCAUUUCAAGGUAAAAGUCGAAAUUUCGAGAUUAAAGUUGAAAUUCAAAAACGUCGAAAUAAAAAAAUUGCGAGAUAAAAAAAAAAUGCGAGAAUAAAGUCGUAAUAAAAUCAUUACUUACAAGAAUUAAGUUGAAAUAUAGUAAUUACUUAUUAAGUUGUAAUAAAGAAAUCACGUAUGAGAAUACAGUUGAAUUAAAUCAUUACGUAUGAGAAUAAAGUCCUUGUAUUCUAACAUUUUGUUUCAGAUGACAGUUGUUGAAAAAAGAGCCAUAGAGCAUUUCGUGAGAAUUUACGUCAAUCUAGGUUUCUCAAACAAGGAGAUACUUAAUCUUUUGCCAAAUCAGCACCACAUUAUCAGAAGUAUCAUAACGAUUUUAUUACGACUUUAUUCUUGUAAGUUCUGAUUUCAUUACAACUUUAUUCUCGUUAGUAAUUACUUUAUUAUGACUUUAUUCUCAUUAGUAAUUACUUUAUUAUGACUUUAUUCUCGUUAGUAAUUACUUUAUUAUGACUUUAUUCUCGUUAGUAAUGACUUUAUUAUGACUUUAUUUUCGUCAGUAAUUAUUUUAUUAUGACUUUAUUCUCGUUAGUAAUUACUGUAUCAUGACUUUAUUCUCAUUAGAAAUGACUUUAUUCUUGUAAUUUAUCGACUUUAAUCUCGAAGUCUUCAUUUAUUUUUUCUUAAUGUGGCCCUAAUACUCCGUCGUAUGUAAAGGAUAUCAAGGUUCACAAUUUUUAUUAAGAUAAUUAUUACAAAACCUAAUAUCAAUAGGAACUUGAAGUAAGAAGGGGCAAAGAAACAAACAGAUCAAAGAGGUUUCUGAAGUUAAUUAUUUAAAGCUACUUCUUAAUCUUAAUCGAACACUAUUCAACAUGCUUCAUACUAAAGAUACCUCUCUGUCUUUCUUUCUCUUUUAGCGGCCAGCAGCAGUUGGCUUCAAGAACACGUGGCAGAUCUCAGUCGAAGGUGAGAAUCUUUUUUUUCUCAUUCCUCUGUUUGUUGAAAGUCUUAUUUUGGUUUCAGGAUAGGAAGGGGUAAAGUAUGAAUCAAGAGUGGGAAUUGAUUGUCAGUAAAGUGCAGAGAGCUGGACUAGAACCCAGGCCACUGGCUUCAGCUAUAUCCAUUCACAAUCAUGAAAGUUGACUGCGAGAGCACUUCCUGAAUGUAUUUCACAGCAAAAGUCUGAAUGUUCGUUCUGUGGAGAGAGUCUUCACAGUGCUGUUAUUCUGAAGCUGUUAGUGAAAAGUGAACAAUUUUGCAUAAAUAACGUUGGCUGCAACUAACUUUUCAAUUUUGAAAGUUCAAUUUUCUUUCAUUGACGACCAAUUACAGCAGAUCCAACUCCUUUUAGCUCCUUUUUGUAGAAAAUUAACACCGAUGGCUUUGCUGAAACUCAACAUUUUGAUAGUGGUUUAUCAUUUUAAUAGUUAAUGAUUUUAUUUCGAGUUAAACUUCUGGAAAGUACAAAGCUGACAGCAGCAACUCUGCUGGUCGUGGCCGUGUUGUACCAAGUCAGAGCCGUCACACAGCCGGUACACAUCCAGUAUAAAACAAGUGUUUUAGUCCUCACCUGUCUCCCUCUCUCUCUCUCUCUCUCUCUCUCUCUCUUCCUCUCUCUCUCCUCUCUCUCUCUCAUCCUCAUCAGCAGAUUUUAGUCUUAGGUAGGAACAGGAAGGAUCCUCUUACACUGACUCAACACAAACUCAAACACACUCACAGUGGAAGCGUGACCCCUCCUGUGCGUCACUGCCCACAGUGUCAGUCUGUGUGUCCAGGUGUGUGUAUAUAUACUGGCACAGAUGGCCUUCCUCGGAGGUCAAGGGUUACUUUCACUCACUGUGUUAGACAUUAGGUCACAGGGUCAAGGGGUCGAGGGCAGGGCUUGAGCGCUUGCUGAUUGGCUCAUUGAUUGAGCUUCUUAGAAAGGGCUGUAAGUAGAGGAGGAAGAAGUAACUUAAUCUUUUACUUCUGUGAAAGUGAAAAAACUACUUAGCUCUAAGAAACAAACUACAGAGAAAGUUAAUGGUCUUCAUUUUUAGAACUAUUAGGUUUCUUUUGGAUUAUUGACUCGAUAGUACAAAGUCUCUGUCUGUGUUUUACAACUGUAUCUGAUGUUUUCAUCUACAUGUUAUAACCAUAUAUGUGUCUCAUACUAGAAUAGAUGGUCCUUAUUUGGACUUGUUUUUUUUAACAAAGUGUUGGCUAGUUUAAGCAACAGGAAGGAAUCUUACUUUAUAAAACUGUCAUAAAUUUGUAGUAAGUAUAUUAGUAGUAUUCCCAGUUUAUGUUUUAGGCAGACCAAACUUGAACUUUGAUCCUUCAUUCUUACUAUAUAAAAAACAGCACAGUUGAAGAUUGAAGGUUUUCACUUGAUAGGAAAGUUUUCAAAACUUCAAAUCUGUCAGAUCUUUUGGUCAACAGUUUGAUAUUGACCUGAGGUGUGACGUCACUUGAAGGUAAAUUAUUAAAAUAAAGUAGAAGUUAGUGAUAGUUUGUACUUCAAGUGCUGUCCAUGCAUGUUCUUCUCUACAGUGACAUCAUUAUACGCCCACAAAUACACACACACCUUUCACGCUUGUGCUUGUUUCACUGAAAUAUAUCUACUUUCCUUCAUUUAUGAUUUUGUGUAUUUAAAAACUGUUCAAACUGAUGGGAUAUCUAUUGACUUUUGUUGACAUCUAAAAUGGUCACACUUUUUCACUCAAUGUAAAAACAAAAACUUGAUAAAUCUUUUUUUAGGUCGAUACAGAAAACUUUUAAAUUUUUAAUACCUCUCCAGAAGUAACUGAGUUGUAGUAGUUGAAGUAAUUGUUGUAGAUGGUGAUCUACAUCUUAAGAAUUCAUCACGUUUUCCCCUUCUUAGUGUAGCAUUUUAUGGAGCUGUGUUUGGUGUCCUUGUUCCUCCCUGCAGAUGUGAGAUGGUGAUGUCUUUGUAAGCAGGGAUCCAAAAUUCAGACCAAUGACACUUUCUGUAAACCUGAUAUUAGUGCUUGAAUGCAAACUGACACUUUCCACUGGGAUUAAAUAUCACUGAGAUUUUGUAAAAUAGUUCCUGGUAGAACUGCAAAUGUUGUCUGGUUUCUGCUGAAUUUCAGCCAGUCAGGAGAAAAACACUUAAGAAGCCGGUUUUAAACUUUAAUGGCUCACUGCGCCGCUUCAAACCAGGAUGAAAAACACUGUUUAUGAUGUACCAAAAUGUUGAAGCCUGGCCAGUACACCAGCAGAGCUGUUAGGGUUAAUUUUGUUGUACAUGUAGUGUAGCUGAUGAAAAUUACGCCUGAGAUGUGACAAGAAACUAAAGCUCUCAAAAAGAGACCACUAUCCCGUAUGUUUGAGGUCAAUAACAAAGUAUUUCUCGACUAAACGUCCACAGACAGGUUUAUCAUGUAGACCUCAAGUUUAAUAUCUAAUCAAUCACAGCUUACAGUUUCUCACAGGCUGCUCUCUGUAUCAAUAAUUCAUCAGAGUCAGUCUUCACUGAUCAGGCUUAUUCACAUCUCUCCAGCAUCAGGGAGGAGGAUGUUGUAAAAUAGGGCAGCAGAGGGCAAAGUCACUCUGAUGUGUUCAUCCCUUCAUCAGGGUCUCUUGAGAUGUCCUGGGGGCUGAAUUUUCUGCUCUUCUGCUGUGACACAUUGGAUAAAAGACAAAUUAUUACGACACAAGCUCAGUUUAGUUACCCAACGUCCCAUGUGUGUAGGUUCGGGAUAUUUAGUUGUUGUUUUUUUUUAGGGGUUGUUAUGCAGUCUGGUACAGAGACAAAACUCAGUGUGCUCAACUAUUUAUAGAUCAAGAACAUUUCCUCCGCACAAUAACACAACUACCAGCCUUAACCACUGGCGAAGGGCAGAUGCCCUGGGAUUAUUCUCAAAAGACAUGGUUUAUUUAAUGUUGGACUAAUUUGAUUUUUUUGCAACAUUUUCAUGCAAGUCUAGAAACUUUGAUUCAUAGAAAUCCUUCAAGAGAAGAGGUGUUUUCUUGACAUGUUUUUAAUGAAAGUUAAAGCAUUUAAAGCAGGUUAAAUUAUACCUAAAGUGCUUGACAUGUUUUCUUUCUUUAUCUGCAAGGAUGCUUAUUCAUAAUAGAAGCGAAGGAGAGCUAUUGAUGUACCACUAAAUUGUAUAUUACAUAAAAUAAUAGCAUUUUGUGAGUCUUCCAAGUUGAUUCAAAGCUGAGUAAACUCCUGAAACCAGAGCACUCAUCUUUCCACUCCUCCUCGCUCCUCCACAUCCUUCUUUAGUUGCUUUUGUAACAUUGAGACCAACUCAAGAACAAAAACUGAUGUUCUGUGUCAACCAAUGCGAUGAAUUUUACAUCCAACUGUGAAUUCCCACAUCUAAAUCGGAAAGUCUGCACACAUGCACACACACGCACAAACACACACACACACAGUAUCACUUUGGCGGCUCAGUUAGUGCAGGUUACUCGGGCCGACAGCCUGGAGAAUUCGGCAGCAGAACUGAGCUGUGAUUGGACGAGAGAGCAGAAGUGAACAGGACGUCCCAGCCUAGUUUCCAGCGAGUGUGUGUGUGUGCGUGUGUGUGUAUUGAAGCUGCCUGCAUGUGUGUGUUUGCUUGUAAUGUGUCUCUGUGUGUUUCUGUCUGUGUGGUAAUAGCUUGUCCCUACUUAACCUUAGCAGGGUCUGAGGGCCAACUGGGUUAUAUAAAGCUCGCUGCUCUGUCAGCCUCACCAGCCAAACGCCCAGAUCUGUGUGUGUGUGUCAGUGUGUCUGUGAAAGUUAUCUUUGGCAGCAGUGAGGGACAGAUAUUUUUAAGUAUGACGGAGGGGGAAAAAAAGGAGUUUGGCAGAUAAAGAAUUUUAACAAAUGCAAAUUCAACCCCCUGUCACAUUAGCUUAAUUUGAGAAUGGCUGUAAUAUCAGACUUUAUGUAAGAUAUAUGAGAGUUAAGUUCAGAUAAGUUCACAUCUUUAUCUUAAUAUUUAAUCCAUCAUAGCCUUUAUAACAUACACAGUGCAUUCAUUUUUUAAACAACAUUAUAUUUCAGAUAUUUCUGUCUGGAUCAGGCGAAGUCAUAUUGAUUUGAUUUUAGGUCAGUUUAAGUGCUCAUUGCAAACAUUUACAUGUGUAUUCAUCCUUGUACACUCUCUCUGUGAAAAAGUGUUUCAAGCUGCUACGAUCGCUCCAGCUGUCCUCCUGAUAUGCAAUGAAAGACAGACAGUGGAAGCAAAGCAAACACCAGGACAAGCUUGCAUGAUUGUCCGUGGCUCUGAUUUGAUCCACAGCAAAAUGAUCCAAGAUAAAGCUGUCCAACACCUGUGUUAGUCAAAAACAUGUCUUAUGCCCUUCUUUAUGAUCCAUUUGACUCUAAACAGGAUGAUUAUUGACAAAACGGACAUCAGGAAGUAUUCGGCUUUUGUAAGAAAUAGGAGAAAUAGAGCAGAAAUAAUGAGUUGUUCAUAAUUAUACCCUCUUUUGCAACCUAAGAGUCACUCCUUGUUGGCUGUUGGAAAGUGAGCAGGCUCAAGAUGGUUCUGCUCUGUUUUUACAAACCCUGAUCGCAGAUCCACUUCUUAUAGUGAGUCUUUGAAAAACAUAAAUCAAUACCUGAUCAAAUGCAGCAGGGAAGCAUAUUGGUGUUGUCUUAUUUUAAAGAUAGUACACCUUGUAAACGUUGCUGUUGCAUGUCAUAACAACCUCUUUAAUCUGGUUUUAUAGGCAAUAAUGACGGGCAAUCAUGAGGAUUUGAAGUGUCUGACACAUUGGAUACAUCUUGAGUAUUCAUGUCCAAACACUAGAGCACAAAAUGACGUAUUAAUUAGAGCAAAGUGGCAUUUCUUUUAUAAAACCUUCCAUCACAAAUGUCGAACUCUUUCCCCAGAGAAUCAACUUUCAACUUUCAGAGUAAGAUCAUCUUCUGGUUUUGUCCCACAGAGUAGACCUAAAUCUGCUUUAGAUAACUUUGUGUCCCUGCGUGAUCAAUUGUAUAACUCCUCUCAGCUCUUCCUCAUGUAUUCACCAUCAUGUGAUUGUAACUGUGACUCUGAACCUCCUUUUUUUUCCAUCACAUCACACAGGCCUUGUCAUGUAAUGUUCAGUUUUUGCAUGUGCGUCAAUGAAGCCAUGUCCUAAAUGGUUAAUUAGGUGUGUCCCUCUGUGGUCUGAUAAAAGUCCACAUGCUCACAGUCUUUAGGGGCAUCGAGGAUGUAUGAGGGGUUCAUGUCUUUGACAUCAAGGCCUGGGUAUUUUAUUUUCCUGUAUGAAAUUUAACAAAAUGUUUUAGCAAAAAAAAAAAAAAGUUAAACUGCAAAUCUUUACUCAACAGAUAUCGUCAGUGACAGUUUUUUGACCUCAGUCCAAUGUGGAGCCAACAGACUGAGAUCAAGUGUUUGUUUUUCUCUUGCCUUUAAUCCGUCGGUCUCUGUCUGCAAUGUGUUUGGAUUAACACACACAUACACUCCCGAGGUCACAUGUCAAAUUAUAUCAAUGCAUCAAGGGGGAUUAUGGGUUCACUGGGAUUGUCAAUCUCAUCCUAAACUCUCCACUUUCUUUUUGCUUUUCCUAUUUCCCUCUGUUCCUUCAUUCCUCUCUCUCUCUCUCUCUCUCUCUCUCUCUCUCUGUCUUAAAGUCUGUCAGUUUGUCUUUCAUUGCUCAUUGCUCCUCUCAUUAUUUCUCUUCGCAGUCAUACUGGGCGGCUUCAUUUCCAGCAUUGUGUGAAUAGUGUCUAAUUUAGAAAUGUCGAGUCACAGUCCAGGGCUUGUUUGCCUUUACUGCCCCUAAAAUAAUCUUCUGUUCUUGAGGUUUAUUUAAUCCCGGUAAAAACAGCUUGGGGAAGUUUUUUUUGUCCAUUCUUUAGAUUAAAUACACAAAUAUAUUUACAACCACAGUGGGUCUGUGAGGCACCGUUCAAUAUAGCUGCAUGAUGAGGACACUGCACAGAGGAAAAUAUCAUUUGGGUGUGUAAAUGAAAUUUAUUCUGACUUUAUAGGGUAAAUUUAUUGGGAUGCAUACAUUGAGUAAUUUCUCUCCUUUUCUCGUCUCCUCCUACAGAACAUGUUUGACAGAAUUCUUAUCUUUGUCCCUGUUCUGUGAUUUAAGUCUUUAUCUGGUGGCAGAAACCUUGCCUCAUGCAGCCUCGUCUGCGCUCCUCCUCAUGUUUGUGACAGCGUUCGAUGCUAUAGGCCAUGGCAGACUCAGAGCGUUGGCCUUUGACGUAUUGGAAAUUCAAUCUGACACAUAGCGCAGGAACGAUCUGACUGGAUGAGCAUUCAUUGACCCGUUAAUUGGUUCUGGGAACACGCUGUAACAGAGGGAGGGUACCGGUUCCACCCUGUUUUUGGGAAUUACCUGAAUGUUUGCGGGGGAAACCAGACCAUCUGCACUUAGCCGCAGAGUGCUAACUCAUGUCAGCGGUGUCAUUUAUUCAUGCAGGAGGGGCAAUCCAAGGAAGAAGCCUUACCUUAGCUUUUGACUCAGUUUUAAUCAGGCUUAAAUUUUUGAUCGACUUUUUUAUUCCAUUACUUAACCUCUAUUUAUUGUCUGUUCAGAGGAUAACCAUGCAGCAAAAUCAGUCUUACUUUGUCAAUUUGUCUAAUAAAAAGCUGUUGAGGUGGGGGUUUGGCUAAGCGGUUAAAUCAAUGUGUCCCAGGUAUAAAAACCAAAGUCCCCAAAGCAAGCAGUCUGGGUUUGAUUCCCACCGGCAGCUAGGGCUGGGUAACAAUACGAUAUAUAUUGAAAAUUAAUUUCCCUCAGUAUCAAUAAUAAAACAUGGUCGCUAUUCUUCUCAACAGUCGGCAUUCUGCCAUGUUUUGGUAGACUAUAUGAAUAGCCAAUGAAAAGGGGAGUUGCUCCGGGUCUGCUUCGUGCUGAACCAAUCAUGUGCUGAAUUAGAACCAAGUAGCAAACAACCGUGUAGUAGCAGGCUGCAGCUACAAACAACCAUAGCACUUAAAAAGGUGAAGCCGGCAGUACUGUAAGUGAGAAAAAAAUGAAAUUGAGAAACAGCAGAAACGACACUGGCACGAAAAUGUCAGUGGUGUGGAGGUAUUUUGUUUUUUUGAGGUCGGACAUGAAGCAGAGUAAUGUGCACUGCAAAUUAUGUCGAGUACAUGUUCUCACGAAGUAGGGGUAUAUCUCAAAUCUUUUUCACCACCUGAAACAGUGCUACAUGGCAGAGCACGUACAGUGCAAAAGGUUACAAACCCAAAACGGAGCAAGGAGCCCAUGGCGCCUGUGCAGCCGAAACAGCCAACCGUUCAGUCUGCUUUCUCUAGCGCAAUGCCUUAAGACAAAACGUCAAAGAGACACAAAGACCUCGAAGAUGCAGAAGCUUAUUGUAUUGCAAAAGACAUGCUACCAAUAAGCACUGUUAAAUUUCAUUUUUUAUAUCCUGAUGUACAUCGAUAUCGACUGAUAUGAAAAAAAAUAUAUUGUGAUAAACUUUUUCCCAUAUCGCCCAGCCCUACCGGCAGCCCUUUACCACAUUUCAAUCUUUUACCACUCUAUUCGCUGUGCUAUUCUCUCAACAAAGGCAUAAAAAAGCUUAAAGUAAACUUCAUAGAUAACAUCUGUCUAGACCACUUUGUUAACAGUUUAAAAUGAAGGUUUUAAAGCAAAAGCUGAGCAGUCGAACUCUUUUCUGAUGCUAAUUAUGUAUCAACAGAGGGUGCUAAUAUUGUUUUGCUUAGCGUCAUCACUUUCCUCACAUCUGUGGAUAAAUAAAGGCUUACAACCUAAAGAUCGGGCAGUUCACUGGCACUGAGACACAAUUGUUAUCACAUCCUCAACAGGGCAAGUACCGUCAUUAUCUAUCCUAAAUAAAAGCACAUCUGUCCCAUCAUCCAUGAGCAGCACAUCAAAUCCUAAACAGUCACUGAGUGGUGUUUUAAUUUUGUAUUGUAAUAAUUGGUUUUGACAGGAGUAUUCACCAUGUUUAGCCAUCCGUAGUAUAACUCCAAAUCUAUGUCUCCAUUGAUUCAUUAUCAAUGAAUCUAAAACAUUACUAGCUAACACAAUGAUAGAUAUUAGAUUUUAGUUUGUAUGUCAUACUGUAGCUGUACACUGACUUUCUUUUUUUACCUAAAUAUUUACCUUAAAAUAAAUAAGAAUUUACUUUUCACUUUUUAACUAUUUAAAAUUGCCGGAUGGAAACCAAAAUUCCCUUUCGACAAAAUGUAACUGAGCCACUUUUUAACAUCUACAUUAAUUUGAUUAAAUAUUCAUUCAAGUUCAGUAACUCUAUUUUUAAUUUGAAGUGUUUUUGAAUUGUCUUAUUUUGUCAAAUGCCAAAAACCAAACUGACAAAAACACACUCGGUAGGUUUACAUGCACAGCAUAGCUGAGCUACAGUUAGAGCUCAAUCAGGCGAUUUAACUGGAUUACUGUCUUUGUCCCAGUUUACAAGCACUGGGCAAAAAUGGAAUUACCAGCAGAGGCAUGUCCACCUCUGCUGCGGUAGGUGGUGACAUGCCCCAUUUCUACUCCUUAAUGUCAGGUUGUCUCCUGGUUAAAGUGUUAUGUUUCAAAACAGUUAACAAAACGCGUUAGCAAGAGGCUUAUUGGACAUCACCAUAGACUGUAUAGAGAAUAUACUAUAUAUGCUUAAAAACUGUAAUUGAGCGACCACUAAAGCAGGAGUGGCAGCAGCAGAUGACCAUCAAUGUUGCAUGCACAGAGAUGUUGCCUGAGUGACUCUCCAAGAAAUUUUUCCUUUUAGUUUAAUUAAUUUUCUUUUUUGUUCAACCGUAUAAGAUUUCUAUUAAUCCCUUCAUGUUAUUGAAAAUGGAAUUUAAAACCCGGUAUCUUGCAUGAUAUCAUGAUAAUAAGGUCUGCAGUCCCUGACCUGUAAGAAGCAUUUAACUUACAGGAACUGAAGUUUUAGUUGUUGACGCAAAAAGGGAGCAUGAUGAUUAAAGUUGAUCAUAUGAGUGUCAGUUUCUCUACAUAGUAAUUACAAACCUUAAAUGGGUAAGGAGUGUUUCCAGAAAGUCUCAGAUCAGGGCCUCUGAAAUGUCAAAGUCAUGGCUGGUGCAAGGUUAUCAUUGUCUGUCCUCAGUGACCUCGUUCAGUUAAACUCACAGCAGUCAAGUCCUGCUGAUUAAAUCUCUGUUUUAGAGACCCGGAUCUCACAGCUGUUCUUUAAACCUCCAACAUCAUGUGACCCUUCGUCCUAACACUAUCCAGCAUCACAUCAUAAUGUUUCACAUUGCGCUGCUUUACACCAAGUUGUUAAAUCACAUCAAACCUCAUCAUCUACAUACACCUCUCCAUGCUGUAGUGCCUUUAAGCAAGACAUGUAAUCUUCAGACCACUUUGUAGACAUUGACUUUGGACAUUAUAUGACCAAAUAAUGUAAUAUUGCUCUGUUUUAUCAUUCAAAAUCAACAUCUGGACACACUGAUGUCCCUUUUUCUUGGACUGUUGGGUUCUUUUUGUGCUCUCAAGGGCUAAAACAAAAAAAAACUGAAAUGAGACAGAAAUGAAAAAUGCAGGAUUUCUUGAGUUCCUUCUCUGUCUCUGAGGCAGGAGCAGUUGGAUGUAAAUUCGCCAGAGCUCAGGCUCCUGUCACCAAGCAUAGACCAAUAUAACAUGAAACAAAACAAGAAUGAUCCAAUCAAGUCCAGUUCAAGUCCACUAAAGUCCAUUAGGACGGUGUGAUCGGGUUAAAGGCCUAAUCCUAAAGACAAACAUAAACAUGAGGAAGCCACAGCUUAGCGAGGAGGAGGAGGGAACAGACACAGUCCUCCUGAGACCAGAGUGAACAGAUGGAGGAGCUGGUUUGUUUAGAGAAAUAUGAAUCCGCUCCUGUUAUUGUUUUUUGUCUUUUUGUCUUUUUUAUUCCUGGGGUCAAUUGGCUUACGCGGAGUCGAAAAUUUAUCUUGGGUUUGCUGCAGCCAAAUAAGUGAGGUUAAGUCAACAAACUUGACCGGCUAUAAGAUGUAUGUGUAAACAUCACAAAUCCUCACAGAUAGUGCACGCUAACUUUCAGAACUUAUUUUUUGUUUGUUUGGUUGUUGUUUUUUUUUUGUUGGUUUUUUUGGUCUAACUUUAUAAUAAUCAAACUGCUCUCCAAACAUAAAACCUGGAAAAUCAAAACAACCGUCAACAAAGUGUAUUGAUUUUGAAUUUCAUGUUUAAUGUUUUAGGGUUUUUUUAUUCUUGUCUUUUUCUUUUCUGUAAAAGUUUUAAACCUUUAUUUUCUCCUGUACUAACUGGACUGUUUAGCUGAUGUUCUGUGACUUGAACAACAUGAAUACAGGUCACAUUUAACCAGUACAGUUACAAAAAUGAACUUUUGUAUUCAGAUUUUAGUCACAUGGUUGUUUAUUUUCUCUACUAUUCGUUUUCACAUAAAUGAAAAUUACUGCAUUAUGUUAAAUGAAAACACCUGGUAGAUUCUUGACAUUUUUAUCCUCUUAUUGCUCGUUUGUGUUGCCUUUGGAAUUUGCGAACACUUUAUAAAAUGUCAUAUUUUCUUUAACAAGUUUCAUUCUAAAUUACUGUUUUUACCACUUUUUCAGAAAUCCAAUUCAUUAGUAGAAAAGCCCUUGAUAUAAAAAAUAUAUCAGCCGAAAAUAUUUGCUUUAGAUAAAGAAACACAUUUUUUUAAGAAAGGACAUUUCAGUUUCCAAAGUUGUAGGUAAUCAGUUUUCUUCUGAUUAAUCAUCCACAGAAGUUUGGAGCUUUAAUGCUCAACAAUAUCUAAAGUUUCUUGCUAACUUGAAAACCACUAAAAUAUCCCAAGAUGAUGGUGUGCACUAAUCCUGUGUUUGUGUUGUCUUUUUUGCAGUUUGUGUGGCAUCAUUCCUGGUCUGAGCAGUGUGCUGCUUCCUCGCAUGAAUCCGUUCGUCCUGAUCAACAUGGCCGGAGCUCUUUCUCUCUGCAUCACCUACAUGCUCAUCGAAAUCAAGUAAGAAUUCACCUCCCUCUGAAACCAGCUCAGCAUCACUCUUCAUCAGACUUGGCCAACAUUUUGAAAAGAAGAGCUGCUUGCUUUGAUGAGGUGACUUUCUGUCCCUGCUUUAAACUGACCUGAUCUUAGUCACAUCUGUCCUCGUGUUGAACAUCCCAGUGGGGAAAGAACAUGCAGAAAGCGGACAGAAAGUAAGACUUUUUGAUUGGUGGCAAAAGUGUAGUGACUUGUUCCUUAAAUCAUUUAGAGUGAUGUGAUAAAAAUGUAAAAAGCAGGAGUUCACUGAGGGUUCAUUUAGAGUGACAUUUACAUGUUUCGACCAGCUCAACUUAUGGAAAGGAAUAAAAUACAGUCGUAAAACAUCAUUUUGUAGGUAAAGUCAUCAGAUAUUAGAGAUACAUUUUUUUAUAACAGAAUUGCCCAGCAUAGGAAAAACUUGGUUAAUGGACCUUCAAUUUCGAGUGUUUUUAAGAUAGUCUGAAGUACUUUCUUACUGGUACACCCUCCAAGGGUUUCCACCACAGAAGAUCAAAACAUUCCCCACCAUCCCUGACCUCAACAAUCCAAGAUGGCUACUUUAUGGAUCAGAAGCAGAAACAGCAUCAGUGUUGUGCCAUCUGUCAGCAUUUCUAUCCAUCCUGUUGCAGUGUGUGCACUUUCAUAAAACUUUAUCCUCUGGUAUUGCUUAAAUUUGCCUUUUUCAUCCAUACACUACUCUUCUCAAUGUAUUCCAACAUUACCUUAAACUGAAUGAUUGAUUCCUCUUUAAACUGUUCUAACAGUCUGUAUGAAUCCUUUUCCUCAUGUUUAUUUUAUUCUUUGUGUUAACAUGCUUAAAUGUUAUCCCCUGUUUUGUGUUUGCUUAGCAACUAUAACGCAGUGGACACAGCCUCGGCGGUGGCGAUCGCUCUCAUGACCUUUGGCACCAUGUAUCCCAUGAGCGUCUACAGUGGCAAAGUGCUGCUGCAGGUAUGAACAACACAUCCUGAAUCUUCAGCCUUUCGCUGACAUAUGUAAAGCUGCAUGAUUGUCAUUACUGUGUCACCUCUCUUUCACAGACGACGCCGUCCCACAUUAUCGGCCAGCUGGACAAACUGCUCAGAGAGGUGAGAGUCACAGUGAUUUUAGUAACCCUUUAGACUCAAAUGUGGUCUUUUUUAAUGUGUGUAUGAGCUCUGACUGCACUCUAAAUCAAAUCCUCACUUGGAGACAUUACAUCUUAAUAGAAAAAAACUGCUAAAACUUGAUUCUUUUAGUGUCUGUGUGAAGAAUUGUGUAAAGAGGAAAAUUACUCAGGAGCAAACUGGUUUAAUCAAAAUAUCACUACUUUGAAUCCAGAUGUAUAGAAAAGACUAAAAAGACCUUUGGUGGUCUACUCUACACAGUCACCUAAUUACCUGCAAAUCAAUGAACUGGAAAUCAUUCAGGAAAAACAGCAAUUUCAAGCACCAGUCAGGAACUUUCAUGUUGCGUUGGUGUUUGAGGACAAAUAGGGAAACUGUAAAACCCAAGCGGUCAUAGGUGCAUGCAUCAUGAAUAUCUGUUUUCUUUUAACUGCAACAAGUUUUGAAAACAAAAAUGAAAAAUAAUUAAGUGUUUCUCUUUUUGUCCAAUCAGGUGUCCACUCUGGAUGGCGUGCUGGAGGUUCGCAACGAGCACUUUUGGACUGUUGGCUUCGGAUCUCUGGUAUGUCUGUCAGGCAAAGAAUCGAAAAACACAGAGCACUUGAAAUAGAGCUUCUUUUAUAGACGAGCUGUUAGAAACUAAUACUCAAAUUAAAGCUCUGAAAUGAGCUGAAUCAAAUCAAAUAUUGCUAAAAAGGAUUUAGACACUUGUUGCACUCUUUUCAUGACAUGUCUGUUCCUUGUUCCCUCAAACUUCUUAUCCAGUGAAGUGCAAACUCGAUAAGAAAUACUUGCUGUAAAUGUCAAAUCAAUAAGCAGUACUAGUGACAGAAGGUGCAGCCGAGGCUUCCUGGUCCCACAGGGUUUAGGGUCUUUGCCGCUAUCUGAUUCUGUGUCUCUCUCUAUCCUGCCUCCUUGUUUUUAUUCUGCUUUCUGUAAUUAUCCUCCUCUCCUCAUAUCUCUCUGUUAGUUAGUUUGUUUUGUUUGUCUCCAUCCACCCCCCCCCACUCCUCCGUCUCGUCGAUCCUCCUCUGCCAUUCGUCGGUUCUGAGUGACGAUCAGCGGUGAAUUUGUUCACUCAGGCAGAAGGAAGGAACAAGUCAUUCAUGCGGAGAUGUUCUCUCUCUUCCUCUCUUCCUCCCCCUCUUUCUCCAGAUUUUGGAGGGAACACUGUUGAUGUGUGUGUUGCGCGGUCAUGGCCUGAGUUUCAUGUUGUUGUCGUGACGGCACACAUGCCCAGCUGCCUUCAAGCAACCGAGGGUCUUAGAAACCAAAACCUCGACACAUAAACCCUGAGCACAUAACAUACGUAAUCUGGAGGCAUCUUGGCACAAACUCACUGAGGAAACAACAAAUUAGGUUUUAACUCAUUUGAUCUGCUUUUGAACGUCAAACUAUGACGGAUAAGUUAACCACACGAGGCUCCUCAUUGUCCCGCUGAAAUCUACAUAAACAGCAGAUAUGUGUAGAGAAUAAAUCUGACAUUUUUAGCUCUGAUGAUUGGGUAAAACAUGCACAACUGAUUGGGAACAUUAGAAAUGGGUCAUGAGAACAGAGGGUUUUAUUACCAGAAACUAUCAAAUCUCUGUUAAUUUAUUAAUAUGAAAUUCAUAUGACAGGGCUUGACACUAACUUUUUUUAGGAGGGAGCACAUGUGCCCCUAAGUUGAAAAAGUAAUGAGCACAUAAAGGACUUUAGGGGCACAAUGAAAAUUGAUCAAAUAAUGUGUGUCUUAUUGGUCGACAUAAGAACUAUUAUUUGAAAUCAAUUUUAGGUCAAUUGGUCUCAUGAAAUGGAAGCUAUUGAAGGAAAACAGCCUUUUUUGAGAACUUUAACAGGUAAUUUAUUGAUGGUCCCUUACUCAACGCCCGACGUUGACAGCGAGGGUGGAGAGUAGAUUUAGCCACGCUGCUGUUGUGAUUCCCGGUAAUGGAGAGUGAGAAGACAUUGGUAGAUCCACAGUGAACGUCUGUCAAAUAUCCAACCUGUAACUAACUUCACCACAGUGUUUACAUGAAAAAGAAAUGUUGCCUCAGCUGUUUUUUUUUAUGCGAGCAUGUGCCCCCAAAUACAUUCUACAAUUUGCACACAUCUGUUUUUAGUCACAAAUGUGAGUAAAACGGUGGCACUGUCGAGCCCUGUAUCAAAACGUGUAUUUUAAAAUGUGUGUCUAAAAGCUAUAGACAUCAAAUAUACAGUCAGGAUUUUUGUCAAUCUGUGUUUCUCGUCUCCAAUCAGAAAUUUGUCAUUUGUCAUCAUUGUUGGUUUACCGUCAGUAGAUUAAGUAGAGUAGCCCGGUGUCAUUAGGGCAAACAUCUCAAAUGAUCCUGCACCCCCCAUAGCCGUGUCCCAGUACACAGGCUGCAGACUUUAACGAUCCAAUGCGUCACAUCAGCAUAUUGAUUUGGCCACAUCGGGUGUAUCCUUCAUGGACAAACAUAUCUUAUGAUUUCUUGUGCGUCACCUCAAACUCAUUAUUUCAGAAAGGUCUACUCAGACUGACAUUUGAUGUUCUGCUGCAGAGUCCAGACUUCCAACUUUUUCAUUUAGUACUUUGUUGUGUUGAUGUGUUUUUUAUUGAUUUUAAUAUUCUACUCGUGUGUCUUUUAAUUGCCCUGAAAGGCGCCCACAAAUAAAAUGUAUUAUUAUUUUUAUUAUAAUUAAACAAUAAUAAUAAUAAACUUUGUCCAUCUAGCAAGGUUUUUUUGAAACCUUGUAUUUAAGUGCUUCACAAUAUGAGGAGAAAUAGAGGAAGAAUAAAAAUACUGACAGAAAACAGAAGGAUACAAUAAAACUGUUGACAAAAUAUAGCAGCAAGACAUCUGGAAUAAUGCCAAAAUGAAUGGUCAACAAGAAAAGGUUAAAAUUCAAUAAAAGAUGCAACUUAAUUCAGUUAAAAGAUAAUGAAACAAGUUAAAAGUACACAACUAAAUCAUAUCCAGUAAAAAAAGAACUCUUGAAAAUGAGUUUAAAGGAGUUUAAAGGAGUUUAAGGAACUUGCCCGUCUGAUCUUUUUGGACAGUUUGUUCCAGAGAGUGGGGGCCCUGCUCGGUCCUCCUUUGGUCCUCAAGCUUGGACUGUGGAACAGUCAGCAGACUCUCUCAGCUGAGGACCUCAGGGUACGAUGUGGAAGGAGAUCAGCGAUAUACUUAGGGUUAAGUCCAGAUCGUUCAGUUCCUAAAAUCAGCUCUCAAAUUAACCAGUGAAGGGAGGCAAAACUGGGGGUGAUAUGCCGUCUCUGUUUCAACACAACAGUGAGCUUAAGAACACUAAAGAAUCAAAAACUGAUUCUUCUGCCUAAUGAUGAGGCAGUUGUGUCAAUUUUAGUUUAUUUCUUUUGUUAAAACUUUGAUCCACAUGUUAGCCACUCUCUCAUACCGUGCCCGUGUGUGUGUCCGUAGCAGCUGUACCUUCUGCCGCCUGCAGGGGGAGCAGCGCCCUCUCUUGACCUUCUCCUUGACGUUUAUCGUUGUUUUUAUGUCUGUCAGCGAUGCUGCGGCUCCUGUUGUCGUUGCCUCUGAUGUUCCUGCAGUUACACAACUGUUGGUUGUUGGCCCACUGCUAACAGAGCAGCUGUCCAAACUGAUUUGACCCCCUGACUGCACUUGUGCCCCACGGGAGACUCUGUAUGUGUGUUUGUGUGCCUGUGUGUACUUAUGUGUGCGCUCUGUCCUUUUAAGGUCUGAAUGUUCCCAUGAGGACAGUGAAAUUAGCCAACACUGACAAAAUUUAGAGUAGAGUUUGGUGUUUUAAGGUCAGAUUUGAGAGUUCGAGGCUGAAUGUUGAGGUGAGACAUGCUGUGAUGGAGGUCGUGGAGUCCUUUGGAUAUUUAUUUAACCAGCUGUUAGUGUUUUUAUUUAUAUAUACAGAAACAACUGAGGGAAUCAGACAUUACAAUUAGAAUCACAUGUUUCGGCGGAAAUUAAGCGGCUCCCAGUGGUAACUAUGGUUGCUAUAACGAGUGUAUUUUCUGGCUCUGAAUGUUUUCGAUGCACAGAUGAGCCACACUUUAGACAGAUGAAAACAUGGACUGAGGCUGAGAGACGUCACUGAUUGGUGUUUUAAGCAGUAUGAUGAAUCCCUAAAAUGGCAGGCGCCACACUGGAAACUAAAAGGUGGAUUUGAGGCCAUGUCCUCGCUGCCCAGUGGACAGUUUUACAAACCUGUCAGUCAAACUAACCAAGCACUCUUCCAAGCCACUGUCAACUAGGCAGAAUCCUUAAUCAAACUGAAGGAGUUGCAAGAAAACACACCCCUUCACGGUUAAAAAUAAUGAGCUACUUUUUUGCCAGGUGUCAAACAUGUUUGAUUCUGUGGUUUAGUGGGAAUUUAACAUUUUCAUCCAGCUUUUCUCACUUCUAUUUAUACAGCAACUCAUACCCCUUUUAUCAUGUGCAAUAUGGCACUUCACACCUCAUUUAUCCCACCAAUUAUCCCCCAUUUCAUAUAUUCACUCUCAGAACAAACGUCCUUGUGCACUAUGUAAAUAUUCCUCUUAUACUUUAAUACUAAUUUAAUAUUUUUGGAUCCUUAUUUUAUUGUAAUCCUCUCAGUACUUUAUUGCGUGUUUUAUCUGUACUCCUUUUGGGUCGAGCGGUCCUCUCAUCCAGGGCAUUUUAUUGCAUUGUUGACCUUGUUUAACCUGCAUAUGAGACAAAUAAACAAAUCUUGAAUCUUGAGUCUUCUAGAGCAGAGGUUCUCGAGGCCCACUGUCCUGCAUGUUUUGGAUGUUUCCCUGCUCCAACACACCUGAUUCAAAUGAUCAGCUCGUUAUUAAGCUUGAUAACGAGCUGAUCAUUUGAAUCAGGUGUGUGUCUCAGCACCUAUUUUCCAACAUUUUCAUCCUUUUUUAAAGUAAAAGAUCAUCAGCGUUAUUUUCGUUCAGAUUACAAAUAUAGACACUUAUUUUUUAUUGUCCACACCCUGCCCCCGCUCCAUGAUUUCUCUUUUCCUCUGCUCUCUUACUCAUCUCUCUUUCUCUCCUCCUCUCUGUCUUUCAGGCUGGCUCUGCCCACGUCCGUAUCCGCCGGGACGCCAACGAGCAGCUGGUUCUGGCUCAUGUCACCAACCGGCUGAUGCCUCUUGUCUCCACGCUGACAGUCCAGAUCUUUAAGGACGACUGGACCAGACCACUCCUCACUGGGGCCCUAUCCUCCUCCACCUCUGUCCCCCCUAUGGGUGUUGCUGAGGGCUAUACCCACACCCACUCCUCCUCCUCCUCGUCCCUGCCCCCUAUGAUGUACUCCUCCUCUGGAGAGCUGGACCCGCUGACUUCCACUCCCUCCAAACCCAGCAGCCCUCCUCCAGAGUUUGCCUUUGACACACCAGGGAGGAACAUGCAGCCGGUGGUCCUCCCCACACCGGGACACCACACCCACAGGCCGUAUGGAGGCCUGGGACUCACCUAUGGAGCAUCCCCCUAUGCGGGGAUGCUGAAUCAGGGGCUGGCACGGCCUGGAGGUGGACUUGGACUUGGCAUGCAGGGUCUAGGAGCGGGGUAUGGUCUAGGUGUGGGUGGGAGUGGGAUGCCUUCCUCUCAAAGCUACAGAACUGCAUAUGGAGGGUCAACAGCACCACUCGGGUUUGGAACCAGCAACCCUUUGGGUUCACAGGCACAGUACAGACAAUACAGACCCUGAUCAUGAUGGACUAGAACUCUGCUUCAGGAACUCUGAGAGGCUUCUUCUCAUGACGGAUUUGCUCCUUUGGCAGUAAGGGGGGUGAUGCUGCAACUUUCAGUCCUGUUCAAAAACAAGGCCGCAACUUUAGAGAACAAAUCCAAGGGUUGGGGAAAAACUGGCAGUGGGGGCAUCUCCGUAAUGUAAAGAGUGAUGGAGGGUGUGUGAUGGUAUUUAUUUAGUGACAGUGGGACCAAGAGGCGGAUUCAGAUUUUUGAGGUUUUUUUUGUCGUUUUAAUCAAGAUCUUAGAAAAGCACCAUACUGUGGGAGAAAACUACGUUUCCAUUCUAAUUGUAACUUUGAUAACAAGAAACAUUGGGAGGAAAUCUUUUUAUAAAGCAACAUUCCCUGAGAGGAAAUAAAAGGCUUGAAUUAUAUUUAGAAAAUCACUGUUACACUACAGACUUCUGGCAUUUUGAGGACACGAAUUUAAAAAGUUGCACAUUUGUUGGGUUCUCCAUCACAAAAUCAGUCAUGAUGAGGUCAAAGAUGAUUUUCUGGUGUCCUACAAAGACAAACCACAACAACAGUUUAUUGGACCAAACUAAGAGAUGAGGAGAUUUGGAAACAGACAUUGAUUGUCUUGUAAAUUUCAAGUUCAGUGUUCUCUAAUUACUUGAAAAACAUUGAGACAUCUGCUCCAAAGUGUUGCCUUAAAAUUGUCCUGAGUGUUUUUAUCGCACAUGUCCUGGAUUCGUUCAUGAAAUGUUUACCUGAAACCAAAACAUAUGACUGCUUCUGUUUGAAAGUGAAAUGUUCGGUUUGUCCCUCCCUUUGUUUUGAUAAUAUUCAAGCUUUAUUCCCCUCAGAUUCAAAUGUAGUUUUGGAAUAAAAUACUUUCAUCCUUUGUUCUUAAAGUGUGGACGCUUAAUACUGACUCAUUGAAAAAUCAUCCAAGUGCAAAUCUUUCUAUUAAUAAAGAAUCUGGUGAUGGAGUCUUUGUUUAAGGGGAAUCAUUAUCAGUGAAAGCAGCUCUGCAGACAGCUCCACUCUCUCCUCCACAGUCUGGUCUGUCCUCUCUGUUUUUGAGUUAUUCUAAUUUUACAUACUUGGCGAAUUCUCUAUUUUCUUGAGCCACAUUCAGACAUAAAAAUACAGUUUGAUAGAGUACAUUUGUGUUAUCUUUAGCUUUUGGAAACAGUGGGAAAGGACCAUUUUGUGUUUCAUUUUAUUCAUGAGUGAUUUGAAUCAUCCUUUCUUCAAUCCCUGCUAAGGCUGAGUGUGAUAAAGCAUUAGGUUACCUACAAUUGCUUCCUCAAAGGUCACUGAUCUAAAAGCCCUUAAAUAAUUAGAAUAUUAAACUAGAGUCUAAAACAGAUCAUUUCAGAGCAGAACAACACACUGACCCUUCACGUAGAAAUUCUCUUUUUAAGCUGACAUUUCAGUGACUCUCAGCCCUGCAGGUGAUAUAAUCCAUUUAUGUUUUUUAAACAAUGAGGAGCCUUUAUUUAUUUAUUUAUUUUUGAGAAAAAGCUUAACAGAGUCGCCAAUUUCUUAUAUUUUCAACUUUUAUUGAAUAAAGGGAAAAUAUAUUUUUUUUCAGCUGAACUCAAGUUAGAAAAAGAAAAUCCCUGGCUGUUCAAUUGCAGCUCAUUUUGUGAUUAAUUUGCUUUUUUCACAUUAGAUGAGAAAUUGCUCAGAAUUUUUGACUGUUUGGCUUCCGUUGAGUGGGAUGAAGGGUUUGUGAUUACAUCCAGUGCCAGUGAUGCCACAGAGUCCACCUUUUCACUGAGCAUUUUUUGGUCUAAAAGAGGUCUAAUAGACAUCUAUGUGUAGCCUAGACGACUGGUCUAAAAUCAGGCUACCACAGGUCUAAAAAUGAAAGGUUCUUAGACGUCUAAGUUUAGAC